AUAGUAGGGAUUUCAUCGCCGCGCUGCAGUCAACGACCUUCCUCGGCCAAAACAACGCAGGGAUAGAUAGGCUGACAUUAAAUUAAUUGCUUUUCUCCGUGCAAGCGGGAAGCAGGGAGAACAUAUUGCAGCAUCGUUGUAGCAUUUAGCUAUUUAACAGCCCGCUCUUGUGCGCAUAGUACACCAAAAUUAAUUCCACUGUGAUGUUCUGUGCACGCGCCUUUGCUUCCCCCUACCCGGGGCAAGUGCUAGAAGUUCUCAGCGGGCUUACUUCUGAGUAGGCACGCAUGUUGUUGUUGUUUAGUCGUUUAGUCGUGUCCGACUCUUCGUGACCCCAUGGACCAGAGCACGCCAGGCACUCCUGUCUUCCACUGCCUCCCGCAGUUUGGUCAAACUCAUGCUGGUAGCUUGGAGAACACUGUCCAACCAUCUCUUCCUCUGUCGACGCCUUCUCCUUGUGCCCUCCAUCUUUCCCAACAUCAGGGUCUUUUCCAGGGAGUCUUCUCUUCUCAUAAGGUGGCCAAAGUAUUGGAGCCUCAGCUUCACGAUCUGUCCUUCCAGUGAGCACUCAGGACUGAUUUCCUUAAGAAUGGAUAGGUUUGUUCUUCUUGCAGUCCAUGGGACUCUCAAGAGUCUCCUCCAGCCCCAUAAUUCAAAAGCAUCAAUUCUUCGGCGAUCAGCCUUCUUUAUGGUCCAGCUCUCACUUCCAUACAUGAUGUAUGGCAAGGUGAGGUCUCUACUUUUUAGAGUCACACUAUUUAAUUCCAUAGAGUCACACUAUUUAAUUCCACAGCCCGUUGGGGCCGAGACCCUACGCCUCGCUGGGGUCGCAUCCCUGCUGACGGUUUGUGGAACUACUGGAUGUGAAAAGACCUGAGGUCUUAUUGAAAGGGCUGCACGUAAAAAAACCUAAGUAACACGUGUUUCCUCAGUCCAACUUUUUUGGUCAUCUUUAAGGGAUUUCAGACCUCAAAAUAAAAAUAAAAAAAUAUUUAUUUUUUAAAUGCAAUGAAUGAGCUACUCAGGUUCGACCCACUGAAGUUCAAGGACACAUCUCGCUUUGGUUCAAUAAUUCCAGCGGCUCUACUCUGAGCAGGGCUUGGCUGAUCCAGCCCAAGGUCACUGGAGUCCACGAGAUAUUAGCCUGUGGCGCCUGCAGAUCCGAGGCCUUCCAGGAAAUCACACCCGUCUCUGCCCUCGAAGGCCUUGAUCCCGCACCUUGGGGUGUGGGGUGGAGGUUGGUAAUGAUUAAACCGUAAGACAGAAAAGCCCUCUGUGUUCCUGUCAAUUAAUUUGUGUGUCAUACUUGAGUUCUGGCAUGUAAAGCUGUUUCUAGCAGGCCCAGGCCUCAACAGACCUGGUUCACACACCGUGCCUUAUCUGAAGAGCCUGCAAAUACUGCAGAUCAGCAGUUAGUUCUUUCAGUUCUACCUUUUGCCAGAUUUUAUCAAUCUCUCCAUGGUCCAACUUCUAGAAUGCUCUUGUGCUUGAAUUCUGUCUGUAGGCUUUGCACAAGCAUCUGGGUGGCCACCAUGAGAACACAGCAUGCUGGACUAGAUAAUCCAUUGGGCCGAUCCAGCAGGCUCUUCUUAUAUUCUUAUAUACGUAACUGUAUUGGAACCACCUUCCACGCCUCUUGGAAUAUGAAUGUUAACUAAUGAGCAAUGUAUGCUAUCACGUUGAGUACAGGUAAGAAUCCUGUUGGAGACCUCAGAGUUUCUCUCUCACCCUAAGUUACCUUGCAUAUAGAAGUUAUUGAUGCAUGGUUUUUAGUGACAGCUGCGCUUAAUCUUCCUAAUAUAGCACUGACUCUGGAUUAAUUUUAACUAGCUUUUAUUAUUACAGGUAUAUCCCACUUACCUCCAAAGAGCUCAAAGCGUGAGCAUGCAUCAGCUCCGCUUCAUUUUAUCCUCUCAACAACUCUGUGAGGUUGGAUAGGCUGAGAAAUGGGAAGUAGGAAUUUGAACCUUGGUCAUCCUAGUAUAAUCCCAAAACCAUACUAGUACUAUCAUCCCUGAUGUGCUAGUACAAAUAUACUCAAAACAGUUUCUUUCCAGAUGUAAAUAAAUAGGGGGAUGACACCUUGGUUUGAUUUCUGUUCUUCUUUUUAUAUUCAGACAUGAUGUCCUGUGGGAUUACAGUUGAGGACAGGAGUCACAUCCUAACCAUGCUCACUUAGAAAUAAUUAUGCUUAGUAUUUCAAUAGUUUAUUUUUUCAUUGGACCUGGGUAUCAUAAUUCACAACUAGAUAAAAGCAUAUGGUGCAGGAAAACCUAGAAUAUUUUUAUGUGUGUUUGAAGUUUAAAGAUUUUGGUGGGAAAAUAUUCUCUGGAUCAUGAGUGCUAUUUACUUUGUGUGACACAUAACAACAUAUAGUAAAUAUUAUAUAAAAAUCUUAUUUCAGGCAUCAUAAAUUUAACAAAACUGAAAAAAGUGGUGCAGCAGGAUCUUAUCUAUGUUGGCUCAUGAGUAAUUCCAUUUCCAAGCAAGUGUACAAAAGGAAUUGUAGCCCUGGGCUGCAAUACUAUAAAAAAACCCCCGCCUCUUAGAGAGUAAAUCCCACUGAGUAAACGUGCAUGGGAUUGCACUGUUUAGCAUAUUAAAUCGCAUUGAUUGCACGGGGGGGGGGAGGGGAGAGACCUGUGCAAAAUCGCCUACCAAACACUCAGUAGCCAGAACUCUGCGAUAAUCAAUUUAUCUCUCUCUCACUCUUUUUUUUUUUUUUUUUUAAAAAGCACACUGAUAAUCUCUGGAAUUUGAUCCCAUAACGACAAAGCCAACAGAUCCCCUCCCAGUUCCUUUUGCAGAGAGCGCGUUCUACUGAUCCAAGCCCGCCUCCCAUCUCCGGGGACGCAAGGCGAUGGACUGCUACAGCUGCCAAUCAGCAAGUGCGGCGACUGGCGGCCGGUUGCAGGUGUUCUCUCUACUUUGCGGCGCUUAGAGGAACCUCGCCUGGAAUCGGAGCUGCAGCUAAAUCCGACUGCGCGUUGCAGCAGCGGGCAAAGGAAGCAGCGCAAGAACCUCGGGUGUCUCACAGGUACCUUACCCCCCCACCCGGGUCUCUCCCAAGGGCAGAGAGCUUUGCAUCCUUCCUUUCUUAGAACUACAGGGCGGCUGCUCAGAAAUGCCGGGUUUAUGUUCUCUAGGAUUGUGGAAACUUUUGUGGGCUUUGUCAGCUCAGUUUUUGUUUUGUUUUUUCCAUUUGCAAAUUGGCACAACCUCCGUGUCUAGUAAGCAGGCGGGCCUGGUAGGGAGUGUUGCCUAAGGCGUGUGAGGAAGGAUGGCAACAUUUUGACUUACAAAGCAGCUCUCCUCUCUCCCUUUAACAACUGUCCCCUCCUACCAAGGGAGGUGGUCAUGUACGAAACCGAGUGGAACUUUAUAUUCUGCUUGUAACUGAAGAGCAAGAGAAGGCUGGGAUUGUGUUGUGCCUUUACACAGGCAGGAUAGGAUAAGAGAAAAUGCCUUUCCUUUCUCCGCCUCUCAUUCUUCGCGGGCAGAAAUAUUACAAGAGCGCAGUUGGGGUGGGUGGGUGUUUGUGAAGUGCCAGUCUAAAACCAAACUUUAACCUCCUGAGGGGAAAAGGUAACACCGUUAGUAUAUGGCCCUUCAUUAUUUCCUGAAUAGUUUGCUGUUGGUCCCCGUUACUACAUGAAAGCAGAGCUGCAAUGCAAUUUGCUGCGUAAUUGCUGCUUCUCGAGUCUGCUUCUCCUCAGUGCUGCUGGAGCUGCUUUUACUUCUUUGGAAACAAGAUGAAGGCAGUGUGUUUGUGGCCCAGUUGUCCUCAGGGGUAUAAGAUGGAUGCAUUUGAGAGAGCUAUUGGCAAUUUGUUUUUCAUCCAUGGCUGGCCACACCCAGAUUCCUCCCCCCUGUAUAAAAUCUACCUACGGCAGUGAAUUAAAGCAAUUCCCCCCCCUUCCUUGAUCCUUUCAAAGAUCAAAAGUGUGUCUGAGAUCAUAUGGAAGAAUUGAGAUAUUUCCAGACUUUCAGGUGCAGCAAUGUUACUUUUCUUUUCCUGCAGUGUUUGAUCCUUGGAGAGGAAAUGAGCGCUGCUUAACCUCAGGAUCUAUCUUGAUGCUUAUUGUAUAAGAUAGGAAUGGGCGAGUAUGAAAAAUUAAUGCAGUGCCGUAGACUGGAGAGAACCAAUACACAAGCAUUCUGGAAAUUCUCAAAUAUCCUUAUGGUUUUCUGAACAAUUUUAAGUGUGUAUCUAAUAUGGUUCAGGAGCAUGCUAAACUAACUUUCUGAAUGCUGACUGACAACACAUUGUGAGAAUUGAUAGCAUUGGUUCUCAAAACCAGAAGGAAGAUGUUACUAGGGAGGCAUGGAAGUUGAUGGUGGGGAAAAUAUAGAAAAAUAGAACAAGUUUUGUUUGAGCCAGGAACAUGGGUGUAGCCGGGGGGGGAGCUGCCCCCCAAUCAAUAAAAAUACAUAGCUAGCUUUGGGCCUGUCCCCCCGAACAAAGGGCCUGCCCCACUAACAAAAAUCCUGGCUACGCCCAUGGCCGGGAAGGAAAUAGUUCACUCAUGAGCUGUUACUGCAACUGGCACUUUGGGGCCCAAUUUCUUGUGGUACAGAACAAUAACUUCUGACCCAUUGUGCUGGAGGGGGUGUGUGGAUGAGGCAUGGGUGUCUCUUUAUACAGAUCUGCCAACUCCACUGGCUGGGGAAUUUGGUUGCCAGUGGGGAAGCCCCACUGGUGAAGAGCACUACAGUGUGCAGAAGCUUCUGUCGCCUGUAUUCCCACCUGUCAAAAUGGGGAGUUUUAGGGGAGAGGUUGGACUGGCAUCCUCUACUAGCUGGAUUCUGAAGCUAGGUCUACUGCUCUCAUGUAGCAGCACCUGGGAGCUUGUGUGGCAGAGGUAUUUUCUUUUGCCCCUUCCUGGCUAGCAUAAGAAGGCAUUCUCUCAGGUACCCAGGACCCAAAUUAUAUAAGGGGUUGUAAGCCAAUGCAAGUAUUUGAAAGCAGGCUUCGUAGCACAUAGGCACCCAGUACAGUUCUUUCAGAAUUGGUGUUAUACAUUCGCAGUAAGUCACUCCAGAGAGAAGCUUUGCUGCAACUUCCAAACCAAAGUCAAGGGCAGUCCCUCACAGACUAAAUUACAGUAGUCCAGUCUUGAGGUUACCAGUUUGUGGAUCACUGUGGUAAGGUUCUACCUCUUCAGAAUGGCCAUGGCUGGAAAACCAGCCAGCAACAGUAAAAGGCAGCACUUGCCCUGGAGACCACUUGAGCCUCUAAUGACAACGAUGGCUGUAAGAGCACGUCAAAGCUGUGCACCUGUUGCUUCAGACCUAGGAACUACCUGCCCACAGGGCUUCUGUCUUAUGAGAAUUCAUUUUCAAGUUGCUGCUGUCUUCUGGAUGAGUGUCAGCAUCUAAGCGCUGGUCCAAGACCUGCUCAGUCUCACCUAACUCGGUACAGAAAAAUAAAAUUAAUUGUCAUCAGCUUACAGAUGACAGCUUGCUCAAAUCUCCAAAUAACUGCCUGUUUGCUUAAUUAUUUUAAAGCAUUUAUAUACCACUCAAUGUCAAAAAUCUCUAAAUGUUCCCAACAGCUUCAUAUAUAUGUUAAAUUAACACUUCCUGCAUUCAGCAGUAUAGUAUUAGUAUUUGAUGUAGAAGGUUAGUUUACUUCAUCUAUGCUAAAGGAAGGACCAAUUAAAGCAAUAAAGUACGAAUAUAUAUGCAAGAGAAGUAGCAGAUGCAUGUGUUUGCAAGAGUUCAGAAAAUGUCUAUUCUCUUGGGUACUUCACUGCCGUUCUUGAUAACAAGUGUGAUCGCUGGCAAUUUCAUCCAUAUAUGGUAAUUAAAGUGUCAGCCUAAUAGGCUAGGUAGCUCACCUUUGAUCGCACUGCUUUAUGUAUUAUGCUGUGCUUGUGUGUUUAUAUAUAAUCUGUUCAGAACAACCUGUAAUCAGUAUUUCACUUAGAACUUGCAGUGAUGAACUGAAAGGAGUGUGUUUAGAGCUUAGCUGGGGUGCCUAUGGCCCUCCAGAUGUUGCUGAACUGCAACUUCCAUGUCUGACGAUUGGUCAUGCUGCCUGGGGCUGAUGGGAGAUGGAGGCCAGUAUUUAUCAUAUUACACCAAUGCCUCAUCCUGUUGUGAAACGUAAGCCAACCAUUUAGCUACAUAGGCAAGGAUAAGAGAAAAGAAAUAUGGAAUAGGAAACAGGAAAUGAUUUGUGUUAUCUGUAGCUGCAUGAAGUCUAUAACAGUCUUAUUGAUUAUUUAUAUAGGAUUAAGAUUUCAUCCUUGUAUAUCUGGCCUAAAUUUCCCUUGUUUUACCAUCCUCAGUAAGAUAUUGUUGAUAACUUAGCAGCAAAUAACUUACCUUGGGAUCUUUGCCUGAAUAUGCAUGUAGGUUAUGGCGCGGGUGGCGCUGUGGGUAAAACCUCAGUGCCUAGGGCUUGCCGAUCGCAUGGUCGGCGGUUCGAAUCCCCACGGCGGGGUGAGCUCCUGUCUUUCGGUCCCAGCUCCUGCCCACCUAGCAGUUCGAAAGCACCCUUAAGUGCAAGUAGAUAAAUAGGUACCGCUUUAUAGCGGGAAGGUAAACGGCGUUCCGUGUGCUGCUCUGGUGCCGGUUCGCCGGAGCAGCUUCGUCAUGCUGGCCACGUGACCCGGAAGUGUCUGCGGACAGCGCUGGCUCCCGGCCUCUAGAGUGAGAUGAGCGCACAACCCUAGAGUCUGUCAAGACUGGCCCGUACGGGCAGGGGUACCUUUACCUUACCUUUUAUGAUCAUCCAAAGACUUAGGCACAUGCUGAUAAUGGCUUGAAAUAAUUGACCCACCUUUCAUUGAUAAAUUUGUGGAGGAUAAAGCUGUCUAAACACUUUUCAAAGCUGUCUUAGUUGGUGGCCAUUACCGCAACAUGUGGAAGAGAAUUCCAUAGUUAAACUAUACACAGUGUAAAGAAGUACUUUUGUCUGUCCUAAAUCUUGCAACAUUCAGCUUCAUUUGAUGAUCCUAGUAUUUUGAGAGAGGGAGAAAGCCUUCCGCACAGCAUACGUAAUCUUGCACAGCGCAAGUAUGCCCACCCCCCAAUAACUUUUUUGUUUUAAACUAAAAUGCGUCAAAAGUUAUAGCCUUUCCAAAUAGGGGGUUGCUCCAGCCCCUUGAUCGUUUUAGUUCCUCUUUUCCAGAUGCUUUCCAGCUCUAGAAUAUAAUUCAGUAGCUUGGAUCCUAAGGUAAAUUAACUAAAGGAAAUUCAUGGGAGGAAAUUUUUCCAUUCCUUCCUUCCCACUGCUGCCUUGUGAGCCCUAGGGGUCAGGGAGCCUGAACAAUGCGGGAUAAGAUCUGUGCAGAGCUGCUGGGGAAGAAGGAAUCACUUGCAAACUGGGAGGACCUCUGCCCACGCCACAAUGUUUAGGAGGGCCUCUCCAGCUUCUCUGGAAAAACUUUUUGGGUGGAGGGGCAAGGAAACUUCUCUUAUCUUAUGAUACUGUAUAUUUGCAAUGCGUAUUUAGUAAACUGGCCUUCUGUGUGAGCUUUGCAUGUUCUGUUUUUGAGUGUCUCUCUGAGUUACGUAAUUGCUCAUCACUCUAUUUGAGCAUUAGUUCACUUUUGAUCCUUAUUGAUCCGGUUGGACAAUAGUGGCUAUCCUUUUUACAAUAAUAUGCCUGUUUACUACUGCUGAGAAUUGCCACAUUGUUUCCUACUUGUUCUUCUUUAACUGUGAGGAAUUCUGACCUUAUACAUGUUUCUAAAAUUAAAUAGAAUGAGGAAGAUGCUGCCAGUAAGACAUAAGAAGGAUUUAUGGAUGCAUGAAGUCUCUGCAAUAUUUAAACAACUUGUGUGAUGAAGGGCAACUUAGGAAACUUUAACCAGAUAUAGUUACUAUUACUAGCCAUAAGUGCAGGCCAAAUACAUAAAUCUGUUCCACUGUCAAUGUCAGUUUUUCAGAAUUAAUUUGCCUACUUAAUAGCUUUGUAUAUUGGGCAGUAACUAUAAUAAAGCAAUAAACUUGUUUAACAAAAAGGUGGUAUAUACCUGAAUGCUACAUUUUGCGUCACAAGCUGUUUCAGGUUUUAACUUGAGCUGUUCCAGUUAAUUCCAAGGGCAUAUUUAUACAAUAAACUUAAACUAGUUCCACAUCCAUUCCCUCUUCCCAGAAGACUCUGAUACUUGUAAUUUUGUGUGGGAAAAGGGAGGGAAUAGGGGAGGCAGUAAAGAUAUAUAACAGAGUUUUUUCAGCACUUUACCUAACUGUAGCACAAGGCUGUUUGGAACUCUCAUUGAGUUCAAUCAAACUUAUUCCCAAGUAACUGUGACUAGAAUUGCAGGCUCUUAAGGAUGUCAUACUUGAUGGCACAAUGGGUGCUUAAUAUUGCAAAUGGGUCAUUCAGAUACUGCAAACAGGUAGUUGUCAAUAUGCUUUUUAAAUAUACUUAAUUUUGAUGCCAAUGGUGUGGACACUGGGGGGGGGGGAGUGCAUCAAACCCAGAAUAAACACCAGUUUGGAAACACCCUAAACGAAAUAUAAGUUUGUAGUACAAAUGCUUGAGAGAUGAACUGACAGAUAUGGUGGUGAGGAUAGAGUGCCAGACUCCUCUGAGGGUAACCAAGCUUUGAAGCCCCAUUCAUUAAACUCACUGGUGACACUGAGCCAGUCACUAUAGUCCCCUUCAGACGUUAUCCCAUGAAUUCCAGGGAUACAUGUAGUAGGGAGAGUGCCUGCUUCUGUUGGGUUCCCAGUCCUAUGGAGGAGUCUAUAUGCAUUCAACCAAAUGCAGGUAGGUCCCUCCCACCCAACAAACAAAGAGGUCUGUGGAUGGAGCCAACAGGAUGUCCAUCAGGCAUGCUGCUGCUUCUCCCUCCACUUGUUCUUAGAACUUGUGGUAGGUCACUUCUGAAGUGGGCUUAUCUCUUGGUGGAUUCAUUCUUGCAGGAUUCUUGAGAGAAUUAAAACUGGUGGCGGUGGGAAAGAAGAAUGUCCAUUGUCCUGAGCUCCUUGGGAGAAGGGUAGGGUAAAGAAUAUUGGUGACUCUUCAGGAUCCAAGAGGUAGGCUUUAGUACAGCAGAAUGAUAUAAGGGUCAAGCACCACUUAGUCUGGAAAAUAGGAAGUGCCAGAGUUCACACUUGCGGUGCAGUAGUUGGGAGUGUUGAGCUAGGACCUGGGAAACCAGAGUUCAAAUCCGUAAUCAGCCAUGAAGCUCACUGUAGGAUCUUGGGCCAGUCACUCACUCUCAGCUUAACUUACUUCACAGGGUUGUGUGAGGAUAAAAUGAGGAGAACUAUGUACACUACCUUGAGCUCCUUGGAGGCAAGGUGGGAUAUAAAUGUAAUAUAUAAAUCAUAGCCUGGAGGCAAGUGUACCUGAUGUGGAAGCACUGGAUUCUAUAUGUGUACUUGGUUAUAACAGAUUCUGAGGACUCCCACUAAUAUCACAGGUUGUUUCAGUGAUGCUGCUAAAAUAACCUACUGCUGUGUCAAAUAACAGUCUGGCUUAGAAUGUCCUUUGUGUGUGCUCAGAGUGCCUACACUGUCCCAGUGUGAGCCCCAGUAUUGGAAAUGGGUUCAGGGCCUGAGUCCUAUAGAGUUGCGUUUCAGAUUAAAGUGUGGGUACACUGUUAAGUGGUUUUGAUAAAGAAUUGAUAGAGAAUUUUCAAUACUAGUACAAUCUUUUUCUUUGAGGGAGUUCAAUUACAGACAAGACUGAUAAGCAAUUUCUGUAACAAGGCAAGUAAUUUUGAGGAGUGGCAUUCAACUACUUUUAAGACUGUAGCACAAGCGUGAAAGACUUUUUCAACCGAAAAGAAGCCACAGUACACACUGGAAAGUUUUCAGAUGUGCUGACAUCAGUACAAUUAUAUAUGAACUGCUGAGUAAUUCAGUCCUUUAAAAAUAAAUUCAAAUUUUGGCUCGCUGCCCUUCAGCUCACAUUAUUAGAUGUGUUCAAUGUGUAAUUUCUACUUGAACGUGCAAACCGUUUUGAAUUGCUUUUGCACACUCUUUCUUUCCCCUGUCAUUAGCAUCCUUUCCCUUUAUCUCAAGCUUUUUUUUCUUUUAUCACUGCUUCUGGAAUCCUUUAAUUUUGCUGCCAAAUGUGUUCUUCACCAAAAUCACUCUGUUUAGAAAUGUUAGCCUGUAAUUUUCCUAAUAGCUUUACAUUUAUAGACACGUUUUCUUGCUAGAAGCUUCAUGCUCUAUUAUGAACCACAGAUGUUUCCACCCUACCCGUCCCUUUUGUAUCUGUUACAUCUACUUCCCCACUAUGAUCCCUCCGUGCACUCCCUAUGGCAGUUUCUUGAUCACAGCCUGUCAAUGCCGCUACUGUUGUUUCCCAAAGUAGGUCAAGAGAGAGAGAGAAAGAGAGUAACAUGAGGUCCUGCAUCCCCAAGAGAGCUGAGUGCACUAUUUCUGUGGUUCUCCUUGUCUCUGCUAGCUGGGGAUUGCAGAAUAGAAUUUGAAGACUCAUCCUUUUGUGAAGAGAACAGUUGCGCAUGUUACAGCAAAGUGUGCAACAUUUAGAGAUAAGGGAACCAAAGGAGGGAGUGCUGUAUUCCCCGAAGGUAUUUUAUGAAUGAAUGAUCAGAAAUGUGUGGACCUUUAAAACAAGUUCCCCUUAAUGUGGGAAAAGUUGUUCACGUGUCAUCUCUCUGUAGCUUUUUCAUGUAAGUGCCAGUAUAACAGCAGACCAUUAAGCCCACGAUCUAAAAAUUUCCAGCUGCACUAUCGAUGCCCAGCACAUGCAAAUACAUUUGACAUGUGUGAUCAGCCCAUUCACAUGUAGCGUUACCAGAUCGGUAUUUAUUUUAUUUAUUUAUUUAUUGCAUUUAUCCCAGCUUUUAAUCCAAGGAGUUCAAGGUGACGUAUGUCUUUCUCCCCCUCCUCAUUUAAUCCCUCCAACUGGGCUGUGGGGUUGGUUAGGCUGAGAGGCAGUGACUGGCCCAAGGACACCCAAUGAGCCUCACAGUCAAGUUUGGAUUUUAAACCCAGUCUCCCAGGCCCUAGCCCAACACUCUAACCAUUACUCCACAAUGGCUCUUGUUGCAGCCCAGUCUAGCGAAUGGGCAAGUGAAUGUUACAAGUGUUUUUCAGAGUAAUGAGUGGUACACAAAAUGCUGAUAGGGUAAGCGUCCUAUCACCAAGUUGCUAAAGUCUAAUUAGGGCAAGAAGGAGUUAAUACCAUAAAGUAAACUGUCAGGCUUAGCUAUGUCCAGUUCCCCUCAUCUUGGGAGGAACUAGGUAAUCAAGGCUUUGUUCUACCCCAGUCUACUUGAGCAGCUCAGUGUGUGAAGAGGUGUAAGUUGGUUGCUCCAGCUUAGCUGCAUGGCUCUCACAAGCCAUUCUCGUGUUGCUAUACCAAUAAUUUAGGAACAUUCACCACUUUGUAACUAAGCCAGGUUUCACUGGCUGAGCAAUUUUCUGAAGCAUAUGGAUCAGAUCUUCAAAGAAUUUUUAAGUAAACCAAUCUUUAAUUUACCAAAGUGUGUGUAUUUUUUCCUAUGCAAGGGGCAAUGGGAAAUUUUGGAAGAUCUAAUAGCGUAUAUUUCCACACUUUACUUUGCUGCGUAUUUUGCCAUUUUAAAUCUCUGUUGGGGUUUUCUCACCAAAGAGUACUUGUCCCCAACCUGGAUCUUGACAUCCAGGGAAUUCUCCUUUUAUAGCAAUUUUUCCUUGAACCAACAGAUAAAAUAUUUUGUACACAUUAAAGGGCUUUGAGGAUCUCUAAUAAAAUGCUUUAUCCAGCUCUUUUCAAAUUUUAAAUAUUUAACUAAAAUCAUUCUUCUUUUUGAAGGUGUUAUUUAUUAUUGUUAAGAAAAUGACAGAGGUGGAAAGUGUAUCCUGAUUUAAUAAUUCUUGCCAUGUAGAUUACAUUCUCUUUCAGACAAAUACAUCUAGGUAGAACAUCAAUACUGUGGGCGGAAAGUCUUUCCAUGACGGAAAAUCCUGUCUUGGUUGUAGUAUAGUAUCUUAGUCAUCUAAUCUAAUAAUCUUUUGAACCAUGUAGAGUUGUGCCAGGAAUUAGCAGGGUAACAGAAGGCCAUAUUCCCUGUAAUAAAUACCGUUGUUAAUGUCUUUCAGAUAUUUCAAUAAUACAAAUUCCUGAAGCUCACUGUGGUAACUAAUUAACUUCAUUGCACUUGGGAGUAGAAGAUUUGUUUCUGAAGCUGGGACCUUUUGUACAUUUAUGCUGAGCACUACAUUAUUAGCUUCUGGAGUAGCCUUAAAAUAGCCGAUUAGCCCCCAGUUUCACUGCAGGAGUUCUGGCCUCUGAAGGCUUAGCCCUUACUGAAGUGGUAAACCUGUGUCUGGCUCACUUGCUCCCUUUCUGCAGGUGAUGUUGCUGCAAAUAUAACCUGCAAAGAAGUUCUAGAAUUACUACUACUAUUAUUUAUUGCAUCUAUAUUUUUAUUUCUUCGAAUAAGGAGCCUCCAAGUGGUAUGCAUGCUUCCACUGCCAUUUGUAUCUUUGCAGGAACCUUGAGGUCAGUUAUGCUGAGAUAGUUACUGGCCCCAGGUCACUGAUGUGACUGGGUGGAGAUUUGAGUCUCCUAGUCUUAGUUUGACACUGUAAGCCAAGGUUUAGAACCACAGGUCAGGGAGGCUGAAAGUAGCACAUCAGGCUUCUCUGUCUGGACCUUGGUACUUUCCCCGGGUCAUCCCCUUUGCGGUCUGAGUGUUACUGGAUUACAACUCCCAUCAUCCCCAGCCAGCAUGGCCAGUGGUCAGGGAUGAUGGGAGCUGUAGUCAAACAACAUCUGGAGACAACCACAUUGAUUAUUCCCACACUACACUUUGAAGCACAAGCUUACAACUUUUCUGUCACAGAAACCAAACCAGUUGAUGAAAGCUCAGUGGGAGAGGGGUUUGGGAAGGUGACAGUUCGGGUGGGUGACAUUUCUGAAUAUUCCCUGUUUUUAAAAAUAAUAAACUUGCAAUUAGAAAGCCUGCACAGCAAGGAGUGUUUCCACCUCAUGGCCAAGUUUGCUUGAUUUUUUUUUAAACUUAAAAUGAGUUUUUUUCAAAACAUGGGGGAAUAUUCAAAAUAAUAUCCCAUACUUGUUGUAUUAAAGUCUACUGCUUUCUACAACUCACAAGUCUACUCACAAGCCAUAGGGUUCACUGCCUCAGAAUUCUGCCUGGUCAUUUUGCUGUGCAUGUAGACCAAGCCUUAGCUGAAACAAAUGCCCAGAGCGAGCAGUCACCCUGGUCACAGACCUUCUCUCUACUCUAAGAUGUAUUUUAUUUCUAUUUAAAUUACAGUACAUCUGUACAUAUAAAUUAGCACAUGCAAUCUAUGCUCGCUUUUUGUCUUCCUUUUUUAAUGAUGCAUCUUUCUUUUCUUUCUGCGGGAGCGUUGUUUAAGUGGCCAUCCUACUUGUUUGCCAGACCAAAUGCUUAUUCUUCUCAUAUUUCUCUGGAUUGUUGUAGUUAGUCCUGUGGAGGGGCAGAUCUCCACUGCUGGAGCUGAAGGAUUGUGGGGGAGGAAGCAGGUGUUGGUUUAAGAGAAGUGGGACACUCCUUUUAGGAGCCCACCUGUCUGUUAAAAUGAUCAGAUGAUUCCUUAAAGUAUCCCACCUCCCAGCUCCUUAGUAGUGGUUUUACUGCUAUUCUGUUCUGCUUCUGUGUGUUUUUUGUGGCUCAAAUUUUCAUGGUUGUCUAGCCCCUUUGAAAAUUUCAGGUGAAAAAGCAGCCUAUAUACAUAUAAAUAAAGAAGGCUCUAACUUUUCAGACUGAGAAAACCUAAUGUUGCAAUUGCAGCUAUUUAUAUCCCACCAUCAGGAUAUAAUAACCGCCUAGGGAAAGACAUACAAUACUAUAUCUCAGAAGGCUGUCAAGCAAACUCCAGCAACAAAAAAGGAAGUCCUUAUAAUGGCAUUUUUUUAGACAAACUGGCAUAUAUUGGUGCUGCUGCUAGCUCUGCUUGCUGUAGUAUUUCAGAGAAAAUGUUAUCUUAAUGCUGCCUGUUCCAUAGCAUCCAGUUUUUCUAUUGUAGUGUUUUCUUACUGAAGCGGAAUACAAUACAAAGCACAUGUGUGCUAAGAUCCUUUUCAAUCAUGCAGGCUAAGCAAACUGUGAAACUGAUACUAUUGAUGAAUUUGGGUGACUGUUUUAUGUAUGAAUACUUGAGGCACAAUGCUUAAGGGGGGAGGAGUGAAGGGGUAGGUAGCUAUCGUCAAGUGAUCACUUUUCCUUCCACACACAUAUGUAGUGGCUAAAAUGUUAUAAACUUAAUUUUAAUCAAAGUUGGAUUUACUGAAAAUUGAUCGUGUAAGUACACAUUUGUAUGUUCAUUUCUCUAUGACAGGGGUGGCCAACUCCCAAGAGACUGCGAUCUACUCACAGAGUAGUGGCAGUGAUCUACCCCUUUUUUGGGGUGCAGGGCAAAAAUGUUGAACUUUUUUUAGGGGGCCCAAACUUGUUGAGCUUUGUUGGGGGGCGCCAGUGAUCUACCGCAGACACCCAGGGAUCUACCUGUAGAUCACCAUCUACCUGUUGGACAUGCCUGCUCUAUGACUUGCACCUCAAGUGAGAUAACCUGUGUGUAGAAAAAGACCAUCAAAGAACAAACACCACAGAGGUUUAUUAUUGCCUCAAGCACAAUGCUAUUUUGAGGAGGCAACAUACAUGCUCAAGUAUUGACUUAUUAGGGGUUUAUAUGGAUCUGUGAAUUAACUGAGUUCCUCUCAAUCGGCCAGUGUGGUGUAGUGGUUAAGAGUGGUGGACUCGUAAUCUGGUGAACCGGGUUCGCUUCCCCGCUCCUCCACAUGCAGCUACUGGGUGACCUUGGGCCAGUCACACUUCUCGGAAGUCUCUCAGCCUCACCUCACAGAGUGUUUGUUGUGGGGGAGGAAGGGAAAGGAGAAUGUUAGCCGCUUUGCGACUCCUUAGAGUAGUGACAUUUGUACUGAGCCAUACAAACAAACACUGCACCAGUAAAAAGAUGGAACCAAAAUAUUAGUGGCAGUGCAAAUGUGGGCUGUGUCAAGAUGUUUCCCCCGAAUUCACAAUAUGCUUCUGAAUACCUGUUGCUGGUGAACACAAGUGUGAGAGUGCUGUUGGACCAAGUUGUGCUUCUGGGCUUCCCAUAGGCAUUUGGUUGGCCACUGUGAGAACAUGAUGUUGGAGUAGAUGGGCCUUUGGCCUGAUCCAGAGGGGCUGCUAUUAUGUCCUUAUGUCCCUUCAAAUCUGGAUCGGAGAUGUUCUCCUGUAACAGUAAUCCGGCAUCCAUUUGCCAUAGAACAGUGUUACCUUAUAGUAAAGAAACCCAGUUCAGAACUGUACUGUAAACCAGUAAGUUUUUAUUUGGUUUCAAUUUUAUGAAAGCUAAUAAAACUGAAAUAUUUCCAAAAGUAUCCAAAUUGAAAUGUUUGUAUGAAAUCGGAUAUAUUGGCCAUUUGGACAGAGUAUCUCAAACAGGAUUUGAGGGUUUUCUUCAUAUGCAGAAACUGGUAAGCUUCUGAUCCUGGAAGUAGCCUAAAGCCACCACAGCUAGUAGGCAUUAAUGGUCUUUAUUAUUAGGGUUGCUGUAUUUCAAAAAGUGAAAAUUCAGACAGAAAAGAGAAAAGUAGUUGAGCUUUUCUUUCAAAAUCACAAAGGAUUUGGGCAUUUUUUAGUUUGUAAUUUUAAGGGAAAUUGGCAAAAAUAACACUGCUGACAUUGGUUGUCAUAAGUCUGAAUAUUCCCAGACAUUUAGCCGAUUUCUGCCUGGACCCUGCUUUCGGAUAAAGUAUUCCGGGUAUGUCUGGGAAAUUCCAGACAUAUGGCAACCCUUUUUUUUUAAUCCUCCAUGAUUUUGUUUGCCUUUUUGAAGCUGUCUAAUUAUAUAUUGCUUUUGCUGUCUAGCUGUUCCUCUAACUACAUAGUUUUUACACAAAUAUCCAGUGCAGCCCCCAUCCCAGUGGAUUCAGACCACUAUGCUCCAUAUCUGAAUUGCCCUCCCCCUUGUGAAUGGGUGGUAAUGUUUGGAUGCAUAUGGAUUUGGUGUGUAUAUAUGGAUAUUGUUCUGGCCCUGCCAAUUGCUGGUCCCCACCAGCUUACUCAUAAGGGUUUGACCUAAAAGAGUUUUUCCACCAAUAUUCCUUGCUUUCAUUAGGGAUGGAGGAGAAAUCUGACUAAGUUCACACUUAAAGGUGAACUUGCUGAAUUCACACUUUGCAAAACAAAGCAGGAACCAAACUGCAGAUGAGUUCACACUUCUCCAAAUUUUGCAGUGUGUACAAAUACGCACAUACUAGGCUAGCAUGUGCAUAUAAAUGCAUAUAUUGGUGAAAAUAACAUACAGAAAUGCGUUAUUUGGGGGGAAAUUGUUUUGCAAAAUAGGUGUCUUUUUGGGGAAAUGGUGCUGAUGAAUUUUCACAAGGAUUAUUAUUAUUAUUUUUUAAUAUAGUACAGAUGGAUGUGGAAAUGUGGAGAACUGAACUGAAGGCUGGGAGAGUGAGAAAAUGAGAUAAAACAAAACUGACACAUUCACCCAUCCAUAGCCUUCGUAACUACUGUUUGUUUGUUGGGUCUGUUCAUGUAGGAAGCAGGGCUUUGUAAGAACGAAAAGGAAGGGGGAAGAUUGACCUCCCUUGCCGUCUUGUCCUGUUGCUAAACUCACACAGGUGCUUAACUUUUAUACUUCUAGCUAGCCUCCCCCAACUCCGGCAGUCAGGCGAGUUAUCCUUUAUAUCCAAGGGCACUGACUUCUAUUUUUAGUUGUGAAAGUAACCUACAUCUCAUGAAAUAGGCAUUGCUGACUUUCUUAAAACAUAGUGUGAAGGAAACACUCACACACACGCCCCCAACACAGUGAGAUUUGGCAGUAAUAGUGCAAAUCUGUGUUUGAGAAUUAUAUUUUAGAUUUCACUAAUGAGAGACUAAAUAGCAUAGUCAGUGGCUCUGUAUCUUGAUCUGCUGUGCUAAUCUUUAGCAUUAGCGUGUAUGGCCUAGUCCUGCUUUGGCAAGGACUGAACUGAUUAUACUUGCAGCUUCACUGACUUGUGGAGCCAGUAUUUCCAGGAGCUCAAAAUCGACAAACUGGACAUAAUUUUAUAUAGAAUGUGGCUUUCAAAUAUGGAACUUUCUCAGAAUGUAGCACUGGUGAGAGAAGUGUGGUCACAUUGCCACAGAUAUGGAAUAAUCCAAAACUAUGCUUUCUACCUGUUUGAAAUAUGUUCCUAUGAGAAAGCUGUCCUAAAUUUUGGCUGCUCAUGCCCAUUAAAAUGUGAGCUAAAAAAUCUGGUUGCUGAGCCAGCUUUGCCAAUUAUAAUUGCGUGCUUGAACUGUCUCUAGUUUGUAAGCUUUCUCUCCCCUCGCCCCUUUUAAUAGCGGCUUUAUUGUCUCAGAAGUCUUUGUAGGCCACCCAAGAUUUUAAGUUUGUUUUUUAAACAGGGAAUAUUCUUCAAAAUUUGUUUUAAGGAUUGAGGGUAAUAAAUAAGUGUUUUCCAACUGGCUUCUUUUAAGACUCAGAUUUAAGGUUGCUGACCUCUCUGGUGUAAGUCAAGAGAGGCUGAUGGUGAAAGUUAAGAGCUAGUUUGUGAUAACCCAUUAAAAUGCUGAAUGGGCCUGCUCUGGACUGAGUGUUUUAUGACUGUGGAAAUGGACCUGGGAGUUUAAAGCCAGUGAGUGGUAUUCAGCCAAGUUUUACUUACAGGAAGCACAGUUAUAAUGGAACUUUCUCACAAGCAUGCUUAAAAUGUAGCCACUACAGAUGAUGAGUGUCAUGCAAAGAACAGGAUGCAAAUAACAUUUAUUCUUUUGCUUGUCUUGAGUUUUAUUUAUAUGAAUAAUCGUCUUUUGACAAUAACAGUGUAGUAUAGAUCUUUAAAACAUAAGAGAUGAAUGUGUCUUGUCUUCGUAAACUAUGCAAAGUGUUAUUAAAGUACUUUCUGCAGAAUUAAAGUAUCGGAUGAGAUGGCACAGUUCCUGGUCCUUGUUCUGUGAACAGCUGCAAUAAAUGAACUACCAUAGUUUUCACUCUCUGUUCUCUGAAUUCAGGUGAGCAUUGCCCAUAGCACUAGAUGCUGGAAAGGUAUUGUUUUCAGCCCACCUGGUUUUUCAGAGAUGAAUAAAUCCCCUUGCACUAAUACUAAUCCUCAUGUUAGCACAAACAAACUUGCAGAUUUGCUCACUUGCAUCAGAUCCCCAGAAGGAUGCCCAGCACUGCAAAAUACUCCAUUUCCCACCAACUUGCAGUUUUUUCUGUCCCUCUGCAUUCACUUUCUCUCUCCCUGCCUGUCCCAACUGCAGUACUUCUGCUUUUCACAAGCAAACUGCAGAACACUUACAGCAAACCCUACUUCUGCAGCUAGGUUUAUUGCCCAUUCAGAAAACACCUACAAACUCAAGAAUGUAUGUUCAGAAGGUCCAAUAAAUUCAAUAAGAUUUACUUCCAAGUGGAAAUGCGUAGGCUUGCAACUUGUGUUCUCCCCCUUUCAUUUCUUUCUUUUUAAAAAUCAUACUCCAAGAUGGCACCUUGAAUCAUUUGAGUGUAAGUAGCAAAAUAAUGACAGAAUAAUGGGACAGAAAAUUCACAACUCCCCCAAGAUGUGAUUUCUAGAAAAUGUAUUUUUAAUCCCAAUAAGGUCAGAGCAUAGUGUUAUAUGAUCAUUGCUUAAAAAUUGUUGCAAAUAGCUCUAAUAUUAUUUAGACAAAAAAUUAUAUUUGCUGUUUGGAUUGUUACCUGUAUAAUGCUUACUAACAUUUGCACACACUCCCAAAAAUAAUACUCAGGGAAAAACGAAGGCAAGCUGCUCAGCUGAACAACCCCACAUACCUCCUCAAUUAUUAUUAUUUUUUUAAAUGGGAGGGGCAGGUGGCCUUGGGUACCAAGUGGUGUGUCAGAGGGUGCCUUGCAGCCCACGGGUCCCAUGUUAGGCAUCCCAGGCCUAGACAAACAGAAAAGUUUUAGUCUGCCAGUUAAAGUUCCUCAAGCUGGGUGCCUAAGGAACAGUUUUGGGAGAACAGUCCAGAAUUAGGGGUGCCACCACAAAAAAGCCCUUUCCCCAUUCACUACCUGCCUAAAGUUCAGUGUUGGGUCAUCUGGAAAAGGGUCUCUAAUAACAACUUUAACAAUUAAAUUACCCGGGUGGUUGUUUUGUUUUGUUUUUCUAUAGAUAAACUGAUUGAGAUAAUCAUCGACGCUAUUCACCAUUUGUGUUCAGUUUGGUGUCUGCAGUAGACAAUGAGCCAUGUGCAUAUUAACAUUACUAUUUUUGUUUUAUUUUGUUUGCAUAAAGGGAAGGAAAAGAAUAAUAUUGUUGGGAGGCAACUAUUGGUUCAUAUUAUGCAGCUUGCCUGUACUUUCUCCUCCACCCCAUUGUGUACAUAAAGCAUCACUGCCAGUGGUCUGUCCAGUUUUCUCUUGCAAUAAAAGCUCCCAAAGCAUCCUAGAGCUAAUCUUUCUGUUCCAUAGCUUUUGGCAGUUAAGGGCCAGGCUAGAUGUGAUAUUAUAUUAAUUGCAUAAAUUACCAUGCUUUAAAAAAUGUAAAUGGCCAAUACAGUAGGAUUGGGGCAGUUAUAUGUGAUCCUGCUUUCAAUGGUCCCUGUGAAAGUUUUGGGGCAGUCAUGCUGCCUUGUUUUACAUCAGCAAAUGUCUUUUAACUUCCUGCUGUAACUUUUCAUGCCACAAAAGUUCCAGAUCUCUGCCCCCCACUCCUGCCUUUGUUGUACAAUAGUGCAAGCGUGCCCCUCUUGGUCGCAAUAAUUCAAAAACAUUGAGUAAGCAUUGCAGAGUAACUAAUAAAGUGGAGUUAUAUGUGGGAGAGUCUGGAAUAAAUCUGCUAUUUAUGACCAUUAUUUAUCAAGGACAUGUUGCAGUAGUCACUGACCUUGAUUUUACACCAGGGGUGCCCAAACUUUUUAAAAAGAGGGCCAGAUUUGAUGAAGUGAACCUUGUUGUUGUUGAGCUUUUUUUUUUUACAAUUGUACCCCAAAGUUGCUGAGCUUUUCUUAGGAUUGAAGUUGUUGACCUUUUUUGGGGAUUUUACCCCAGGAAAUAAACUGCUACAGGGGCCAGAUUAAACCGACCAGCAGGCCGGAUUAGGCCCCCAAAACGGACUUUAGACGUGCCUGUUUUACACCAUCUGCUGUAUUUAUUCAUCUACCUGGUGAAAGCCUUUCUUGCACUAUUUUAAGAGACACAAAAGUGUCAUAUUAAAAGAUAUGUUGGGAAAUAUAGAUUGCUUUCUUGUCGUCGGUUUGUAAUGAGCUUCACCAGCGUAUGAAAUAGCAGAUUGUGCGCUACUUUGCAGUUUAACAUACGCAUCUUUAUCUUGCUCAUCGUUCAUGAUGGAAAUUAUGCCUGGUACGGUGAAAGUCGAUGGAGAAAAACUUUUGUCCCUUCCCUAUACACCGUGUAUAGUUAAACUGGCAUUCACUCCUGCAAGAGGCAGCAAUGGCCACCAACCUAGAUGGCUUUAAGAGAGAAUAAGGAGGAUCAGGCUCUCAUUGGCUGCUAAGCAUGAUGGAUGUGCUCCACCUCUUCUGUCAGAAGCAGCAAAUGAGAGAGCUGUUGUGCCCAUGUCCCACUUGUUGUUGACCUCUGAGAGGACAGGACACUGGCCUGAUUCAGCAGCCUCUUCUUAUGUUCUUUUUGAGGUCAGAUUGGCACACUUGAGUGUGGGUUACCCCACUUUAUUCUCAUAAGGUAAAGGACCCCUGGACAGUUGAAGUCCAGUCAAAGGCGAUUAUGGGGUGUGGUGCUCAUCUCUCUUUCAGGCCGAGGGAGCCGGCAUUUGUCCACAGACAGCUUUCCGGGUCAUGUGGUCAGCAUGCCUAAACUGCUUCUGGUGCAAUGGAGCACUGUGAUGGAAGCCACAGCGCAUGGAAAUGCCAUUUACCUUCCCGCCACAGCAGUACCUAUUUAUCUACCUGCACUGGUGUGCUUUCAAACUACUAGGUUGGCAGGAGCUGGGACAGAGCAAUGGAAGCUCACUCCAUUGCAAGGAUUCGAACCGCCGACCUUCUGAUCAGCAAACCCAUGAGGCUCAGUGGUCUAGACCACAGCGCCACCCCUUCUCAUAGUAACCCUGGGAUAGGCUUGGUUGAGUCAGUGAGUAGCCUAAGGUGCGACUGUGAACAUUAUGGCUAUUCACGGGUGUGAGCCCAGGCUCCCAAGCCAAAGUCCAACGUGCUAAUCGCUGUAUGGCCCUUUGCCAACUUACUGUUCUGUAACUCAGCUGCAAUUUAGUGCUGCUCUUAGGAGUGGUGUAAUAUAUCUUGGAUCAGCACAGUUGCUGCAUUUUUCAGGAAGCUGCCUUAUGUUGAGUCAGACCACUGGUCUAUCUAGCAUAUUACUGUCUAUACUAACUGGCAGAGGGUCUCUAGGGAUUCAGGUAGGGAACAUUCCUGGUCCUACCUGGACAUGCUGGAGACUGAAUCUGGGGCCUUCUGCAUGCAAGGCAGAAGCUGUACCACUGAGCCAUGACCCUUCCCUGUUUUUUUGGACUGUCUGUGGGGUCAUGGCUAUAGGGGCUGUCAUGAUGAGCUCUUGAACUGCACUGCAUUGCCACUACACCACUGCGUCUGUCAUCAUUCAGGAGACAUUCAUUGGGCCACCUGUUGUUACUGAUAAAGUUGUAUCUGCAUGGUGAGAACUAUGGGAAUAAAGCAUGUACUGGCCCUGGUUUGGUAGUGGUGUCUAGGUACUCAAAAUAGCAUAGGUUGGAAAUACUAAUUGAUAUAAUAUUAAUUACAGAAUACAGUACUUUUACUGCACAGUGCCAUUGCUCAGUUGCUUGUGUUUUCUAUCUAAAAGUAUACUUUGUUACAUGUAUUGUUGAUUAUCCUCAGGAAUAAAGAACUGAAAACAAGUGGAAAUCAAGAGAUGGAGAAUAACAUAACAACCAUUUCUCGUGAGGAACUGGAGGAACUAAAAGAAGCAUUCAGUAAAAUAGGUAUGUGUUCAGAGCUUUUGCAGGCCCUUUGAGCUGUCCUGUUCUGGGAUGGGCAAACAGAUUGCCACUUAAAGAAGCAUGCCAUAGUCCCCGCCCCGAGUGUUUCAUAGGCUGUCUCUGUCCCUUUAGUUUAAAGACAUUUGAAUGUGCUAGCUACACAUGCCAAAGGGGAGGGGAAGAAAUAUCCUCUCUCUUUCUUAAAAAUGGGGGGGGGGGGGACUGAUUUUGAAUGCAUAACAUUGCAUUUAUUUGAAAUAUGUCAAUUUGGAUUAGGUUCUCAUUUCUCCAGAGGAAGGACAGCUUCCAUCAGCGGAAGGGAACCUUCAGAUCCAACCCAAUUCACUGCUUUUUCUUGCGAAUAAUAAUAUUGAUUAUAUCCAGCUUCACUUUAAAGACCACAGUUCCCAUCAAUAUUUAUAAUAGAAUGUAAACUAAUAUUUUGAAGCAAUUGAAGGUCUAUGGAUUAAUCUUUUAGGAUUCCCUUCCUUCCUCACACUGCUUUUCAUUUGUAGUUCAAGAGAACUGUACUUUGUGAUACUUGCUUAUUUUGUAGAGGCCACUGUUAAUAAAUAACUCUACAGCUAAAGGUUAUGAUAAUUUUGUCACUUGAAAAAAAGAAAAAUCAAUAGCAUGCUUAACUGAGGCUAUAAAUUGUUGCUCUUCUCUUUCGUACACCUUUAGGGCUCAGCUUUCUGAAAUGGUUUCAGAAAGCUUCUGGCUUCUUUAGGUUCCCUUUAUCCACAAGGCUUGCAGACAACAAGCAUGCUGUGUUCUUUUUUUAAAUAGCCUCUGAAAAUUUAUACUUCAGUGAAAAUUGAGCUUUUAGAAUUGGAAUAAGGCAACAUAAGGUACCCAGAAAGAGUAUAACAUUCAUUUCUUUAAAAAACAGUCAGCUGUCCAUUGUCAAUAUAGGAAGGCAUAAGUAUCUCAAGAGACAGCUAGGCAAUCUUCUGGCAGGAGUGACGAAGCUGACAGCAACUUUGGAUCCCCCCACCUCCCCAUUUUUAGUUGACUGUUGAAAAGGGGCUGCCAUUCUCUCUAGUAGGCACUCAGCCACCUGAGUUUGCUGUCAGUCUGGAAUGAAAACAGGGUCACCCAAAAAUAAGGUAGUGGCUCCUACAAGUUCCAGAAGCCUGAGAUCCAUUCUAUUCACAGCCUUUUUUAAAAAAAAGAUUUGAUAUACAAGUUUUCCAAUAUACCUGACUUGUACAAAACAGCAGGUUGGGGGGAAAAUCAUGUAUGUUGCGCCCAGGGGAGAGCAUUCCACAACCAGGAAGCCAUUGCUGAAAAGGCCUGUUCUCAUGUUGCCACCUUCUGCAGCUCCCCUUGGGGGAGGCACACAACUAAGGGCCUUGAAUGAUGAAUACGGGCUCUGGGUAGGUUCAUGUGAUUCCUCAGGUAUGAUAUUUUAUCUUUACAGAUAUCGAUAACAGUGGAUAUGUCAGUGAUUACGAACUUCAGGAUCUUUUCAAAGAAGCAAGCCUUCCCUUGCCUGGCUAUAAAGUCCGGGAAAUUGUAGAAAAAAUUAUAGCAGUGGCUGAUAACAACAAGGAUGGCAAAAUCAACUUCGAAGAAUUUGUAUCAGUAAGUGAACCACUUUCUCGGGCUUUGUUGUUUACCCAUAGUAAACUAGUUUAGUACUGUUGGUUAUAAAUGAAGUAUGAGGCCAUUACUAAACUGUGCUUUUAGAAGCAUAUUGGGUUACAUACUGUAGCUUUGCUUUACACAACACACCUUUAUGUACUGUAUCAGCACACCAGGAAUGUGAGCAGUAAAAGAAUGGAUUUGCCUGCCACAUUAGUUGAGGAAUAGCUAAGGGGUUCCUGCUUCCAUAACAUUCACUGGUAUUCAUAAAUGCUCUUGGGUUUGGAAGAAAAAGCUUGUGACCAGACACACUCAGAAUAACAAUUUAAAGGUUUAUAGUUCUGAUAAUAAAUGGAAGAUACUUCUUUAUCAAAUGUAUCCGCUAAAAUAGACUUUUUUCAGUGAAAGCUCAUGCCACAAUAAAUGUGUUGAUCUUCAACCUGGUGGAAGAAUAUUUUACUGCUUUUGCUACAACAAACUGAGCAAUCCUAUAUAAGAAGCAUUGCUGGCAGGGUGUGUGUGUAUGAGAGAGAGAGAGAGAGAGAGGGAGGGAGGGAGGGAGGGAGGAUGCAAUAGCUGCCAAAUCUUACAUGCACUUAGCUCAGAAGAUAAAGAAGAGAUCUAUUGAUGGUUAUUAGCCAUGAUUGCUAUGCUCUGCCUCCACAGUUAGCAGCAGGAACUGGAAAGCAGUUACUGGAAACCACAAUGCUUUUGCCCAUGCUGCCCCGAUCUUCCCCAUAACUCUAUUUCAUCCAUUUGUUUGGCACACUUUAACCAGCACAUCAGAUGUGCUGGUAGGGGGUGUAUUGGUCUGUUACGUUGGUGGCAUAUAUGGCGUGCAAAGGGAAUAGAGGGGCUUCCACCAUCUACAGCCCCUCAGGCAGCGUAUUGGAUUACUCCUUAAGGCUGCAGGUUUGUACAGUGGUACCUCAGGUUAAGUACUUAAUUCGUUCCGGAGGUCCGUACUUAACCUGAAACUGUUCUUAACCUGAAGCACCACUUUAGCUAAUGGGGCCUCCUGCUGCCGCCACGCCGCUGGAGCACAAUUUCUGUUCUCAUCCUGAAGCAAAGUUCUUAAGCUGAAGUACUAUUUCUGGGUUAGCGGAGUCUGUAACCUAAAGCGUAUGUAACCUGAAGCGUAUGUAACCUGAGGUACCAUUGUACACACUUACAUAGAAAUAAGCUGUUAUUGCAGCCUGUGGAACUUAACUCUGAGUAGACAUGAAUAAGAGUAUCACUUGUGUUGCUGCUCUUUUUGUAUUAAUAAACUACUUGGUUGGUUCUGGAUACUAGCCAUUUAACAGAUGUGUUAUAAGAGCCCAGGACUAACACAGAAACAUUUAUCAACCAGGUAAUAUUUUCAGACUUCAUAAAAGCGGUGCAGAGCAUUUUUGUUUUUACAAGGUGACAGCUAACCUGUGCUGUUUUUGUUUUUUAAUAGUAUUUAAAAGCACUUUGAAAGUAGUGCAUUUUAAAGAUUAAUGAUGCAGGAGUGAUGUAGCCUAUUAAAAGAUGGAACUUUUCAAAGUGUCUCAUCGGAAGAUAGGGAGAGCUUGCAUAAUUGAACGGGAUGAUGGGUGAAUAUACCAUAUAGACUGCAAUUAGCAAUCUCCAGUAAUGUCUGAAAGGAAAAAGAGCUUAAUGGUUACAUAGUUGAUUGGCUAUUAUGCAGCUUCAGCUUCUAUUAUGCAGCUUUAGCUGAUAACGAUAAUGUAAAAUUAUCCUAAACAUAUUUGCAUCAUUUAAAAAAAAAUCAAAGUGCUGCUUUAGCAUAAUCUGAAAUCACAGUAUCUUUGCAUGCACUUUUGAGAGAGAGAGAAGAAAUUGGUGUUAUAUUUUGCACUAGUGAUAUAUUUCCUUAUUCUAUAGAGUCCCUUCCAGGAAGAUGUACACUUGCCCACUUCUUUCUAUUUCACCCCGCUUAGUUAUUUCCUCCCUCUCCUUUCUCUUAUUUUCUUCCCUUUUCCUACAUUGCUGAUUUGACAUUACAGCUUUAUUAAAACAUACUGUGGUUGGGUUAAGUGGUUAUUUGGACUGGUUGGAAAAGGAUUGGAAGGUGGAAGGAGUGUGAGAGAAAUUAAGUUCUGUUUGCAUUUAAAUAUGAACUUGCCUAAUUAGAAAUUUCCAGAGCAAUAUGCAACUUUAUACGCAGUUAUCUUUCAAAAUUCAUAAUUCUCUGAAUUUUUCAAUGCAGUCCCCUAGCCUCUGUACAUAGGUAGCUCUUGUGCAUCAUAUUUUCUGUUGUUGAGUCUGGCAUGUAGAAACUGUUCCUCUCUGUUUUGUUCCAGGUUAUUCAGGAACUGAAAAGUAAAGAUAUUAGCAAAUCCUUCCGGAAAUCCAUAAACAAGAAAAAGGGAAUUACUGCAAUUGGAGGAACAUCACCAAUUUCUAGCGAAGGGACCCAACACUCUUAUUCAGGUAAAUAACCUGUCAUUUGUUCAAAUAAAAAAAUCCUGUAGAAGUAAAGGUAGCAUUUAUAUUGAAUAGUAGAAAAUGGCUGAAGCACUGAUAUUUCAAGGCUGACCUGCUGGAUUUUCUCAAUAAUUCUUACUGCACUCUCUGGAGAAUCUGAUAUGUAUGCCAGAGCAAAUAUUAAAACAAAAAUUAAAUCACUAUAUGCUAAAGUUCACUUUUCAGAGUAACAUUAUAGUUUUAUAAUUUAAAAGUAUUCUCUGGAUACACGUAUUCCUUGGUGCAUAAGGCUAUUCGGACCAUGAUAAAGUCUACAUCAGGGAUAGGCAACAAGAUGUCCUUUAGAUGUUGUUGGGUUCAAGCUGUCAUCAGCACCAGCCAAAAUGGCCAGCAUUCUGUGGUCAUUUGACGCUGAAUGCAUCAAUUGAGGUUUUUAAGCUAUUUUUUUAAUGAAAUUUGUUAAAAUCUACACUUCCAGCAUGGGCCAUAAGAUGCCCUGAUUUUCCUGGGCAUUUAAGCAUUUUCCGCCUGGAUGCUCCUUACGAGGGCCGAAUACUGCCUAUGGCUGGGAAAUUCUGGACGUAUGGCAACCCUGUGAUAGACUGGAGAAGCUGUAUAUGAGAAAUAUUACAACUUCCUAACCACUCGUUCAGAAGUGGGACAAUCUGCCCAAGAACUGUGCUAUAGAAUCUCUUUCCUCAAGUCUUGGACUGGAUGGACCAUUGAGUCCCUUUCAGUUUCAGUUUGUGAUUAUGUUUUGUACUUGUCCUGGUUUUUAGAUUAAGAUUUUUCUCUUUCUUUUUCCAGAGGAGGAAAAGGUUGCUUUUGUUAACUGGAUAAACAAGGCUCUUCACGAUGACCCAGACUGUAAGCACCUUCUCCCUAUGGAUCCAACAGAUGAUAGCCUUUUUAAGUCACUUGCUGAUGGCAUCCUCCUUUGGUAUGUUUAGCAUUACGGUGGGUUUAAAAAAAAAAAAAAGAUCACAAAAAACCAAGCUGACUGGUGAGUUUUCAUGUUGAAACACAUGAAGCAUGAUCCAGUUAAGCAUGAUGAGAACUCGCUGAUUUUCAGUGAGACAGCUAAGUGCAUUCUUAUUUCUCUCGAUGAAAUGAAUAGGAAUUAAAGCCUGUGUUGCCUUCAUUUUGAAGCUUCUGCACUGCCCCACAUACUCCUUAAUAGAAUAUAAAAGGUGGGAGCUGCAGCAAAAUGUUACAGGCUAAAAAGAAUGCCCCUGUUUAGGGUUGCAAUCACCUGUUUCCUCCAGGCAGGGCACCUAAUGCUUCCCUUUCUCCCAAUUUAUCACUCCCUCCCUGUCCCCCAGACAACAGACAGUGCAUUCUGUGGUCCUUAUUGGACUGUGUUUUGUUUUUGUUUUGCUUCCUCGUGCUUUCUUCCUUCUUAUUAUUCCUUUUUGUAUUUCUACAAGCCUCGGGGUUCCCCUGAACAUGCUAUUAUACCCUUCUGGUUUCUUAGAAGGCUUGUUUUUUUGUUAUAUAGCUGUUGGCACUCACUGCAUGAGUGGUGGUUUCAUAAACACAAGAAGAGGCAAUUAUAAAUAAUUGCUGUUAGCUGGUAUCAGUCUCUUUUGUAUCUACAUAUAAAUGACAGUGGCCUUGUUCGUAUGUAGCAGUAAGUCAUGACCAAGAAAGAAAGAAACCAUGAAGUGGUUGACUUAGGGCUAAUUGUAUUGUAACUUAUAGACUAUUGUAGGUAAGCAGUGUAUAGCUUUUUCAAAUAAAUAAGCUUGCAUUCAUGGUUUAUUUCUCUCCUAUCAUGAGCAGUGAGUCAGCCAUGCAUUUUGUUCACAUAAUGUUUACAAAAAACAUAAUAUGCAAACACUCCGUGGUGAUAUGUUCCAUAGUGUCUGCUGGUCUCACUUUUUCCAUUGAGACAAUCAGGUAGAUUGCAUUUAUUCAGCAAAAAAGCUCAAAUUGCAAGCUGAUGUUUCAUGCAUUGGUUUCUUAGUACUGUUUUGUGUUUUUGCUUUUGCUUUUUCUGGCACGUUCAGUUUUGUUAACCUACAUUUUUCAAUGAUUGAGUGAAUGUAUUUAUAAUGACUUGAUUGUUGCUUUUUAUUUGUAAGCCACUUUGAUCUGCUCCUUUGUAAAGGGGGAAAGCAGGGUAUAAUUUUUAGAAACAACAAUAUAAAUAUAUUUUACUAACUGAAGAAAUGCAAGCCUUCUUUUCUAGCAAUAAUAUACAUGUGUAUAUAUAGAUAUAUAUAUGAGAAGCUGGAGGAGCAUCAAACAUGCAGUUCCCCAACCUGCAGUCUGAAUUGGCAUGGGCUACAAAGAAUUGUAAUACCACAUGUCAUUUCUGCACAAUUUAAGUGGCUUUGAGGUUGCUUCAAGUGUGUGAAGGAGGAACCCCCACAGCCUGAUAUUUCACCCCAUCUGUAGCUUGCCUUGUUCUAUACUAAAAAGUGAUUGCUGUUAUAUGGCAGCCUUUCUGUCCUAGGUUUCAAAGAAGUCAGGUGAAAGUAUUGUAGUUAUCAGAGUAUGUUAGUCAUUAAUUGAUUCUACAGUCAAUGAGCAUUAAACAUACAAGCACGAUGUAAACUCUAAGUGAAUAACUUUCUGCUUUCUGUAUGCUGUGAAAGUGCCAUAAGAAUCCCGAGGAUGUUGCCAGACACUGAGUCACCUAAUCUUCAUUAUAUACAAUCCAUUGUGCAGUUGCCCAAACUCUACAGAGAGUCAUAUAUGGCUUCACUGUUAAUAUUCCAUUUUCCUACUUUCUUGUACUCCUACAGUUCCCAGUAGUAGAUUUUGAUGUUAUGCUAUAGAUGGAGAAAUAAUCACCCAGUUUGGUAUGCCAAAAUCCCUUUUAAUUGUUGAAGUAGCUGAAGGCUAAAAUUGUCCUUUACAUGAGACUGAUAAAAAAAAUUCAGAAAGUUGUAAUUAAAUAUUUCCCUUUUCUUCCCUAGCAAAAUGAUUAACUUAUCCCAACCAGAUACAAUUGAUGAAAGAGCUAUUAAUAAGAAGAAGCUUACUCCAUUCACUAUAUCUGUGAGUACAGCACAACCCUAACCUAAGUAUUUCAAAUCUACCUCAGAAGGACUGCUUGAAAGUACUUUGCAAAAUAAAAAAUGAGAACAGUGCAUUAUUGUGGUACAGUGGAACCUCGGUUAUUGAACAUAAUCCAUUCUGGAAGAUGGUUCGACUUCUGAAACUAACAACUGAGGCGUGGCUUCCCAUUGGUUGCAAGAGCUUCUUGCACUCAGCGGAAGCCACGUCACACGUUCAAGUUCCGGAAAACGUUCAAAAAUAGAACCGAAAUGUUCGACAACUGAGGCGUUUGGGAAAUUAGGUUCCACUGUAGUUUAAAUUUCCAGUUCUUUUAUUUGCAUCUGUUGUUGUAGCCCUAUAACUACCACUUCCCGAAAACUAAGAUAUUCAAACCUCUGUUUAUAGAUAGCUUCUCGGAACAUUUCUACAUUUUUUGUUGUUGCAAAGCCAUUGUGAAUUUGUGCCACGUGGUAUGACCCUGUAUUGCUCCAAUAAGCAGUUUUGUUACAUGGAUACUACAUUUACAGAGCAAAGCAUGUCUAAUUUCUUUAUUGCUAUAGAAAUAAUUUGGAAACCCUAGAGUACAUGUUCUCUGGGGUCUUCUGACAAUGGCUCUUUUAAUGACUAACAAGGUAAAAGUAGCAAUAACAGAUUGUGCCUAUGCUCCAUCUGGUUUAGUGAUCAGGAUAGGCGUUUCAGAAGAUAAUACUGGAAUAGUUAUUCAGAUACCAUUGAUUUCCAUCAUUUAAGUUACCUUAAUGACUUUCUAAAAGGCUUAAUGACUUUCUAAAAAGACUUUCUAAAAAGCUAAAAAGCAGAAACAUCACCUUGCCAACAAAGGUCCGUAUAGUUAAAGCUGUGGUUUUCCCAGUAGUGAUGUAUGGAAGUGAGAGUUGGACCAUAAAGAAGGCUGAUCGCCGAAGAAUUGAUGCUUUUGAAUUAUGGUGCUGGAGGAGACUCUUGAGAGUCCCAUGGACUGCUAGAAGAUCAAACCUAUCCAUUCUUAAGGAAAUCAGCCCUGAGCGCUCACUGGAAGGACAGAUCGGCCUGCUUUGGUUCCUGGGGAGUUGACCAAGAUGGCGCCGAGGCAAGUCACGCUCUCCGGCGCUCACUUUUAUUUUUAAAAAACCUUAUCUUAAUUGCCCUCCGGAUGCCAAUUUUUAACAAACGGAAAACAUUUUAAAGACUCUGAACAUUUUUAUAACUCCUGUCGGCUCUGCGAGCUUCAGCUUGUCCCAGCCUGCUCCCUCCCUCCUUAUCAGCUGCCCGGUCAAGGUUGCCAGAGAGGAGAGAACGCUGCUGCCUGAACUGAGAGCAGAGAGACAGAAGAGGUCUAAAGACAGAACUGUGAACUGCUUAUCCGACCAACGGUGCCUGGAGAAGGAGGGUAAGGAGAGAUACGACUUCAGAUCCUGAAGCUGAGGCUCCAAUACUUUGGCCAUCUCAUGAGAAGAGAAGACUCCCUGGAAAAGACCCUGAUGUUGGGAAAGAUGGAGGGCACAAGGAGAAGGGGACGACAGAGGACAAGAUGGUUGGACAGUGUUCUCGAAGCUACCAGCAUGAGUUUGACCAAACUGCGGGAGGCAGUGGAAGACAGGAGUGCCUGGCAUGCUCUGGUCCAUGGGGUCACGAAGAGUUGGACAGGACUAAACGACUAAACAACAACAACAACAAAUGACUUUCUGAAAAACUCAUACAAAUCUUUGCUAGAAGCCCCAUCCGCGUCAGUGCAAAGUAGAACUAAGUCACGUUCCCAUCAGCACAAGGAUUUCUGCUUGGACAAUGGGAACUUCCCUGGGCACCCCCUAAAUCUGAUCUAGGGGUUCCCCCAAUCCUCCAGAGCAGAUUUGAGAUGUGUGCAAGCAUAAAUACUUGCAUGGAUGGGACAUGUUACUUUGAUACCACCCAUCCUUUGUUUUUCCUCAUUACCAUUUUAUUAUACUUGUAUGUUUUUGCAUUUGUAGUUAUUGUCAACGUCAAAAUGCAUUUUUAUUUUUCCUUUUAGGAAAACCUAGAUCUUGCACUAAAUUCUGCAUCAGCUAUUGGCUGUACAGUAGUCAAUAUUGGAUCACAAGAUCUAAAAGACGGGAAGCCACAUUUGGUAUUAGGACUGUUGUGGCAAAUCAUUAAAGUUGGGCUUUUUGCUGAUAUAGAAAUCUCCAGAAAUGAAGGUAAUAAUAUAUAAUGUCUGAAAUACAUGAUAAAGCAUGCAUUUUUGUCUGAUUUGUGUCUAAAGUUUGAGAAAUAUAUGUGAAAUCUUAAAUGAUUUUAAAAAGUUAAAAAGUAAACCAGCUUUCCUGAAAACUUUUUGCAGCUCUUAUUGGUUUGCUAAGUGAUGGGGAAGAAUUAGAACAAUUAAUGAAACUGUCUCCAGAAGAACUCCUGCUACGUUGGGUUAACUACCACCUGGAUAAUGCUGGAUGGAAGAGAAUAAGCAACUUUAGUCAAGACAUUAAGGUAUAGCUUGAUCUCUCAAAUAAAAGCAAAAACUUUUGAAUCAGAACCUUUCAACUGGAACUAGCCAAGACUAUAAAAGAAAUAUUUUUAUAGCUGCAUUUCAAUCAAAAUUAGAGAGAUACUGUUUAGGCCUAUCACAGCAUUGCCAUUCACCCUUGUUAUUCUCUGCUUUCUGCAAGAGUUUCAAGUAGCUAUCUGUUGAAUAAUAAUAAUAAUAAUAAUAAGAAUUAAUAAUAAUAUAUUAUUUAUACCCCGCCCAUCUGGCUUGGUUUCCCCAGUCACUCUGGGUGGCUCCCAACAGAAAAUAAUACUAGUUUUUUGCUUCUCCUGUUCCUUUCUGGUGCAGGAAGAACUAAAUUAAUCUUGUUUUCUUGUUGAGUUUAUAUGAGAGCUAAAACAUACUAUUGCAGCUGAUGUCAAUAUGACUCUCCUUUUCUCAGUAUCUGCCCGUCAGAGUGCAUCAAGGACUUUUGUUCAGGUUUUUUCAAUUGUUCAUUUCAGGACUCAAGAGCCUACUACCAUUUGCUGAAUCAAAUCGCACCAAAAGGAAGCAACAAUGGAGAAGCAGCUAUUGUUAUUGAUCUUUCAGGCCUCAAUGUAAGUUUGUGUGUGUGUGUGUGUUUGCAGAAUGUCAUUGUACCAAGCAGGUGCAAACCAUUUUGAAUUACAAGCACAGAUCAACAGAGUGCACAGAACUCGUAGAGCAUCUGUAAUGGAUCUUGUGUAUAGCUGGCUAAGGUCUGGACUUUUGGAACUUUAAGUUGAUAUUGCUUUUAAAAUGAGCCAUCUACUAAAUUGACCUGAGCCAUAACUCUGUUGACAGCAUUUUGUAAUUGUUCAGGUGAUUUUAUUAAAAAAUCAGAAGUUUCCAAAAGAGAAAUACUUAGGUUUUUGUAUGCUUCCAGUGUUUCCAAUAAGGUGUAAUUUCAAACUUUCUUUCUGAACCUUGCACUGAGCUUUGAUUCAGACCUGCCCAACAAGUAGUCUGCCCACCAGGUUGAAUGCAGUGCAACAGUCAUGUAUUGUUGUGUACCAAGAUAUUGACAAACCUACUGGUUUUGCUAAGUGGCCAGCAUUGUAAAAAUGGGCAGCUGCUAAGCUUCUGGCAGGUUUCAAUACAUUGUUCGUGGGCUACGUUUAAGCCUGGCAGAUUCACUAGGUCAACAUUUGCCAACCCUUGUACAUUCUAGCUUUUUUGGACUGGCUCCAGCCAGCGUGGCAGUAAUGACUGGGACUGAUGGAAGUUGUAGUCUGAAAUAUCUGGACGGUGUACCUGGUUGGCUUAGGUUGUAAUAAGCUGUUAGCUAAGCUUUUUCUGUGCAGUGAAAUGUUAUGAAACCAAAAAAAGGUUCUGAAAUAAAAUAAGUUUCUAAACAAUUUCCUGGUCUGCAACUUGAUCUAGAAUUUUAAUUUAUGUUCAGUGCAAUCUUAUAUUAAGAUGUAGCUAUUUUGUAUAAAAUGUCAGAAUUAGUAUUUUUUGAAGUGUGAGGUUUACUUUUUAUAUUGUUUUUCAAGGAAAAAAAUGACCUGAGGAGGGCUGAAUAUAUGCUUCAACAGGCAGACAAACUGGGCUGCAAACAGUUUGUGACUCCUGCUGAUGUGGUUGCAGGCAAUCCUAAACUUAACAUGGCCUUCGUUGCAAAUCUCUUUAAUACGUACCCUGCCCUGCAGAAGCCCGAAAGCUCUUCUUAUGAUGUCAAUUUACUGGAAGGUGAGCUAACGUAACAAACACUGAUAGUGACAUUAGAGAAUGAUGAAUAAUGCUCAAUUAUUUCAUAUUGAGAUUUUCAGAAUUUCCUUGAUAUAUAGCCAGAGUGGUGUAGUGGUUAAGAGCGGUAGUCUCGUAAUCUGGUGAACCGGGUUCGCAUCUCCGCUCCUCCACAUGCAGCUGCUGGGUGACCUUGGGCUAGUCACACUUCUCUGAAGUCUCUCGGCCCCACUCACCUCACAGAGUGUUUGUUGUGGGGGAGGAAGGGAAAGGAGAAUGUUAGCCGCUUUGAGACUCCUUUGGGUAGUGAUAAAGCGGGAAAUCCAAUCCAAUCUCCUCUUGUUCUUCUCUUCCAAAAUGUUUUCACAGAAAAUACAAGCCACCUGUUAACUCCUAUUGAAUUAUCUACUCCAGUGAUAGGGCAGCUGUAUAAAUGCAGUCCAUAGGUAAAAUACAUAAAAAUGGGUAUAAGAUGAUCUGUGGUGCAACAGAUGCCACUUCAGAAUAGUCUUUUCAACAGUGGCCAGUGUGAUGCUUUUGGAAAGCAUGCAUACAGGGCCUGAAGGCCACAAUGUACUCCAGCUGUUACUCAACCAGCAACUUUUAUUCAGAGGCCUCUAAACCUGAAUGUCCCAUUCGUUUAUAAUGCAAGUAGCAUGGGAUAGAUAUGUCCUCUGUAAAUUUAUCUAGUCCUGUUUCAAAGCCAUCCUACGGCCCUACCCAGAUGAUAAGCCAUCCAUGCUAUUAGCAAUUGUGUGAAUGGCUGUUUUUCCAUUGAAGACAUGAGAGCCUUGCUGUGGGUGGGAAGGAGCCUUUAACCCCCUUUGCGCCUUGCUGUGUUCUCAGCUAGAUUUCUCUCUCUCUCUUUCAUUCACUUGCACUCAAACUCACACUCCCAGCUUGUAGCAGGUGAGGGGGCAAAGCCUGAAGCCCAAUACCCUCAACGCCAGGUUUCCAUCUGGAUUGAGUCCGCACCUGGAGUUUCCUUUUAAAAAGACAUUCAUCCACACAAUUGCUAAUCAUGUUAAUAGCAUCUUGUGUAGUCUGGCCUUGAGCCAGGCACCACCACCACCUCUUCUGGCAGCAAAUUCCAUAAGUUAAUUGUGCAUUGCGUGAAGUGAUUUCUUUCUUUUUUUCUUUUUUGUCUUGAUUCUCUUGCCUGCCUUUUAUCCUUUAAUAAACCGACUGUGGCUGAUCAUUCGGCAUUGUGCUCUGGCCAACUUUUGAGAAAAACAUGGCACAACUGCCCAGUACUAAUUGAACUGUUAUUGGGUUGCCUUCUCUCUCUCUCUCUCUCUCUCUCUCUCUCUCUCUCUCUCUCUCUUUCUCCCUCCUUCCCUGCAUGACAGGAAUACGGAGCUCAGAUGCUAAAAGUGAGGGCCCAAAUAGAUAUGGUAUUAAAUGUGUCUUUGCAUUUAAUAUGCAGUUUUUAUGCUAAGGACUGGGGAGAUCACAACGGGUAGGAAGAGGAGGUUUUGCACUAUCCUCUUCCAUUGUGGUCCUAAUGAAUAUUGCUUUUUAGUUGGUGGUGGCUGCAUUGGGAGGAAAUAUUUCCUUACUUCAAAACCAGGUUAUGAAGCCACUUUUUGAAACUGGUUUAACAGUUCUGAAGCUGUUACCGGUAAUCAGAGUAUCCUGGCUUGGACAAAAUGAGAAAGUGUAGUUAAUAGUAGACUUCCUGGGUGGUUUGCCGGAUUGUACAGUGAAAGGAGCAAAGAGGCUCUUUCCUAUCUCAGUUUAUUAUGAUCAUCCAAAUGUGGUCGUUAUCUACUCCUUCUAAGUAAUACAGUAGUUAUCCUUCUACAGAUUAUGCCAUCUACACAAAUGUAGUUUAUCUAAAGCAAAGCAUCAUUUUUUCUAGCUUCAGGGCCAAAUUAAAGUUGAUACUCAGAGAACCAUAAUUGUUCCUACUUUUUUGCUUGUUGUUUAUGUUCAAAGCAGUUGUCAGGGUGGGACUGGUCAAGGGGAGAAGCAGCAAUGUGAAGGGGGGUGUCUAAUUCUUAUCCCCCCUUUUGGGGUCUAAAUUGCCUGCCCUGAAGCUAUUUGAACAAUGGGGGGAAAUAUGUUUGGUGCCUGUAGGUUCUCCCCAACAUGGCAAAUAGCAGCCUCAAGAACAAUUUAGAACAGUGUGGUAUGUAAAUAUAAUCCACUGAUACAUAUUUCUUUAUGAAUUCUGGUGGAAGGAUGUUCCUGCAUAUGCCCAGUAAGAGAGUUGAAGCAAGGAGCAGCCAACAUUGUCAACAGUUAGCUUAUAGCACUGCAUGCAGUUUGGAUGAUGGCUGGCUGUCUCCUCUCUAAUAAAGCCCCAACGCUUAACAGCUUUAACCUCUGAGUUUCAGUUUCUUCACUGGGGAAAAUUGAGCUCACAAGUGAUGUGCUUUUUAAAGGACAGGCUAGAAAGGUAUCACCUUAUGAUUUUGAAGAUUUGUGACAAUGCUUGUGCCACUGGGUGUGAUUAAGGAAGCCUGCAGCUCAUAUGCCUCACCAGUGCUCCUGCAGCAUAAGAAAUGGACUCAUUAGGAUGGUGGUGGACUGCAGAGAACUCAACAGCAUGGCUUGAGAAGACACUUACCCACUGCCUCAGAUGGAAGAAACAUUUGCUUUGUGGGCAAAAGUGCUUUUCCAUGUUGGACCUCAAAGGCAGAUAUUAUCAGAUCUCAGUUGGGCAAAGUGAUAGCUUUCACCAUACCAUUUGGGAUUGGCUUGGCAGUUGACAAACACUCCUGCUACCAUCCAGAGAGUUAUGCCAAGUGUCAUACAUGACAUGCAUUUCACUGAGACAGUAGCACUCUUGGAUGAUUUGAUGAUUUUUUUUCAGCCACUUGUGAGUAAAGAAGUGUGAAAGUUCUGAAAUGUUGAUUGAAGUUAGCACUUUCAAACAGUAAACAGUUUCAAACGUUGAUAAAAUAUUUGGGACAUGUUACUUCUAAGGAUGGAUUCCACCUAGAUAAAAAGAAAACACAUGAUAUCACAGCAUGGCCAGUACAAAUUAUUAAAGAAUUGCACAGCUUUAUUAUUAUAAUUAUUUACUGGAUACUGCCAGGGGUUUGCAGACCAAUAUUCCAUUUUUGCAAGACCUUUCUAUUGCUUUCUUGCUGGAGAUGGAAAGGGGAAGAAAUGGAAUGGAGGACAGAUACUUGAAGAUAGAUGGAAUGAAAAUUUCCAAGAUGCUUGAGAAACUUUAAAACUGAAUCUCACUUUUGCACCAGUUCUUGGGUUUGCGGAUGGAAAACUUCCAUAUACUCUUCAUUCUGAUGCAUGACACACUGAACUAGGAGCUGCUCUCUGACAGGUACAGACCAGAAAACCUCAACUCAUUGUUUAUGCUAGCAGAAGACUGACUUCUACUGAAUGCAGCUAUCCAGUUCAUAAAUUAGAAUUUCUUGCCUUAAUAUGGGCUAUUUGUGAUCAGUUUCUUUGUUUUUUAAAUAUGGUGCAGAAUUUAGAUUGAUGACAAAUAAUAGUCUCAUGACAUAUGUGAAGACUGCAAAACUGGAUGCAGGUGGGUGGCAGCUUUGUCACUGUACAACUUCAAUAUUGCCUAUAAAUCAGAAACGGCAAAUAUGAGCCAAGAAAGCCACACUAAGGGCCACUAAAUGACAAGGAAAAUGUAAAACAAUAGUGUGUUGCUAGGCAGAGCCCAAUAAAGUAUUUUAACUGAGAAGACUGUCUGGAAUAAUGAAAUUCGUAAAGCAAUAAUGCAAACUCAUGAAGUGCUGAUAGGCUCUCAGACAGAUAAUUCUAAUGAAGAAGCAGUAACAUCUAGAAAAACAAGGUUAGUAAAACAAGAAGACGGUAUAGCACCAUCAUUUGAGAAUCCAUAUACUUGGCCUGAAAAACUUGAUCCCUCCGAUUCUAGACCUAUAAAUUGGAGGAGCUACAGGGAAGUGACAAAUAUAUUGCCCAUGUGAUUCAUUUCCUGGAAACUGGGUGUAAAACUACUUUAGAGGAAGAAAAAGGAGAAGAGUAUGAGACAAGACUACAUCUACAUGAGUAGCCAUUUUUUUUUUUGUUUCUCCAGGAGUCCUACACAGGAAAGUACAGUUGAGGGAAGAGACAAUUGAACAGCUGGUAGUUCCUUACACUCAUCAUGCUAGAGCACCAGAGGAAAUUCAUAAUUAAAUAGGCCACAGUGGAUUUGAAAGAACUGUAGAACUGGCUUGGGACCAUUUUUACUAGCCUGGGGUCACUAGAGUAUAGAGGAGAAAUGUCAGACCUGUGAGCAUUCUAGUAAAAGAAAGGCUAACAUAGAAAAAGCAGCAUAGCUGGUACAUAUCCAGACUUUUUCUCUGCUAGGCUUCAUUCAAAUAGACAACUUAACUUUGGAGCCAGAUUGUGCAGGAAUAGGGAAUGUAUUAGUGGCAAAAUGAUCAGUUAAUGCCCGAAACAGCUGCUAACGUAUUGUAGAACAUCUUCAUCAGUCGCUAUGGGUUUUCUAAAAGAAGCCAUAGUGAUUAAGGUGCUACUUUUGCAUCAAACUUGGGUCAAAUCUCAGGAGUAGUCACAGCUUCCUGUUACCCAAGUGGACAUCCAGUGAAAAGGUGCAGUCAUACCUGAAUGAACAUGUUGGGAACACUGGAGGACCAGAAAAAUGUUAAGCGGAGACCAUCUUUAUUGCCUAUUGAUUUGUGUUUUGGAGUUAAAGAAAAAGGACAAGGUGUGAUGAUGGAUCAACAGUAUGUAAAAGAUUUAAGGUGAAGACUGUGAUACACGUAUUAUCUUGCUGCCAAACAAGCUGCAAAAAAUUAAUUGACUAAUAACCACUUUGGCAUCCUGUAUGUCAUUUCUGGAAGCUGGUGACCCUUAGUUUUAGGUGAAAAUGAAAGUUUGCUGAUCAGCGGGAACCAGUGGUGCAUAUAACAGUGGAACAAUAAGAGGGAGACCUACCUGUUUACAGACUACAAGCAGACACUGUAGAAAUGUUGUGGUUUCAUUACUGGUUAUAAAUUUGCAGCCAGUAUGCACAUGGAGUCAAGUCCAGUUAGCAGUAGAACCAGCUGAUGAAGCAACGAUUCAAACAGAGGAUGAGGAAGAACCACAGACUGAACAAGCAAAAUUUCCACCACUCCUUUCAUUGAAAUUCUCUGGCCUCCCUAGCAGGAGCAACCAGCAUUAUGGGCAGUUAAGCUAUACUAUCUCAGUGCAGCUAGGAUGCUUGGCUACCUCCUCUCUACAAAGCCCUAAAAUCUUAAGAGCAGAUUAGUAGUGAGGUCUUCUUUAAAAAUUUAAGAUGAGUUGUGAAGUUCCCCAAAACUAUAAGCUUAUAUUCUUUUUCUGUUACAAAGGGCCUACGAGUUUUGUUUUCCACAUUGGGCUAUGGCACUUGCAGCCCUUUAAAGAAGACUGCUGUUGGAGUUGAGACAAGUGAACAGCAACCAUUUUCUCUCUCUUGUCACUAAAACCAAGCAACUGGUACUGAUAAUGACCAGGUGGAAAGGUUCUGUGGUAAUGGCCUGAGAAAUGGCACUUGGGAGGACGGUGCUCAGUUUUAUAGCUUUGGGUUAUUUAUGUACAUUAUAUAUUUUGACAGAGAAUAUUGUUAUUGUUUGAUGUUCAAAUAUUAUAAUCUUGUCUCUGUGUGAGUCCUUUGUUGUGAGUCCCUCAAGAGACCCUGAAUAGCAAAAUUGUUAAAACACCUUUUCCCCAAUAUGAUUCAAGCUUUUCUGUCUGCUUUGAACUAAAAGAAGAAGAAAGUGUUUGUGUAACAUCUGAUCACUGUUCUUCCAGCAUUUCAUCCAGUUUUAUCCUCAUUGCCUGCAUUUUGUAGUGGGUUUUUGUGUGUGUCAAAUAUUACCAUAUGAAUGAUGAGCACAUCCAUUUCUUUAUAGUUAUUUCUGAGGUGAGCUUUCAUAAUUUGACCAUUUAUAAUUUUCCCAUUUUUCUUCAUGAAAUGCAGAUUUGACUCCUCCUAAUGUAGGUACUGUAUUUAGUAUUUUUCUUUAGCCUGUAAAUGUAUUUAUCUUGAGAUGAUUGAUUUCGUUCCCUCCCUUCUAUGACUGCUUUCCCCCCCUAAUUAUCCUCCUGCACUGGUCAUAUAACCUAUUUUUCUUUUUAAUAUGCCGUUACAAUUGAAAGAAAAAUAUUCAUUCUUAUAUAAAUGCAAGGUUGAAGGCUGUUUUCAUACAUAACAGGGCUGUUUUAGGAGCCGUGACUUGGGAGUCUCACAAAUAAGGACUGAAGGAGAGUCAAGACUUUAGACACACAAAUAGGGACAGUUUCAUCCUCUGGAACAAUACAGUGUCUCUUCUUUCUCUCAGCUGGCUCGAAUUCUAAUUUCAUGAAUACUCUUUUAGAAAUACAGUAAAAUGAUACAGAUUUGAGUUCCUCUGGUCCAGAGCUAUACUCUGGGUAUGUCUUUAUGUCCUGUCUAAAUGCCAUCGUCUUCCAAGGCAUUAGGAUUCUACUGCAACUUCUCUCUAUUGUUAAAAACACACACACACACACACACUUCCACCAGGCAUUUAAUGAUAUAGAAGUGUGACGUUACUGGUAUUUGCAUUGAGAAGGAGCAGUUGUAGCAGUGCUAUAUUUUAUAUUGUUUUAUUAUUUUAGUUUAUCUUGUUUGUAACCCACCUUGUCAUCACAUUGUGAUGAAGGGCAUGAUAAAAAGACAACAAAUACAACUGUGAAUAGGACCAAUUGACUGAAGGGAAAAUAGUCUGCCUUACUGGUGGCGAGACUGUUUAGCAUCCAGUAGUGUUUCUCCCACACUGCUUAGACACUGGGGCCUUUCAUGCAUCAAGCUAUUGCUCUAGUGUUUUAGAUUUUGUAUUGGUGAUGGAUAAACAAGGAUUUUUGCUGUCACAGAGAAACAAGAGCUGGCAAUUAUGCCCGAAGAUUCUUAUUUCUGUUUCCACAGAAAGAUUGUGGGAUGUGUUGUUACUGACUAGCCUUUUGAUAAAUUAAAUUGUACCUAGCAUUGUGCCACUGAGAGGGGGGGGGGGAGAGAGAGAGAGAGAGAGAGAGGUGUGCCAUAUUGUUCAGUGACUCAUGCCCUCUCUUCUUUAUUCUAUUGGCAUAAUGCUACUGCAUAAUAUUUUAGUCACACAAAGAGAAGUGCCAUAGGGCAUGUUGGCUAUAUAUAUGGUGCUCCAGCUCAGUUUUUGUUUUCUAUUAUUUGUCCCUUCCAUUACAUAAAAUUCAGUCUGUGUCUCCAGAAGGUAUAUUCUGAACAAUGAAAAGGAAGUGGGGGGGAGGUAAUGGAAAGCUGGCCAGUUUUCAAAAAGGUGAAAAGCUUAAGAAUUCUUAGGUUCCUUUUUAACGAAUAAUCCUGUUUAGAGUGGCAUAUUAAAUACAGUGUGCUAUUCUUAGUUCCUCGGUUCCUUUUAAUCAGAAGUACGUUCUUUCAACUUGCACGCUAUUGCUGCUAUUGGUCUAGAGUGGAUUUUUCUGGCAUUGUUCAGCAUGCAGUUUUUAAAUUCUUACUUUGAGUGAAGUUCUACAUAUUUCCUUUCUUAUGCUUUCAGUAAUAAGCUUUCCUGGAAGCGUUUGUUAGUUGUCUGUGAAAUGUUCAAAAUACAUUUGAGUUAGAGAUUGUUUUUUUAAAAAAAUAUCUCAAGCAUAUAAACACAGCUCAUUUUAAUCAUUGAUCCCAAAAUACAUUGUAGUCCAAAUUUUAAAAUCACAAGGUUUUCUCAAUUAAGUAAGCAUGUGGAGAAAAUGUAACGUUUCUCAAUUUGAGCAGAAACAGCCUUGAGGAAAGAAUUGUAUAAGGUUGCCACAUAAGGCAGUUUUUAUUUUUUGGCUCACUGUUCACAACGUGAAAUUGGUUAAAAUAUGUUGAAAUUAGGCAGCAUUGUUUAAAUAUUUAAUUUCUACACAUCACAUAUUGAAUUAGGCUGCAAUCCUUUACCUACUUACCUUGGAAAAGCCCCAUUGAACUUAGUAGGACUUAGAUAAGUAGCCAUGUAUAGGAUGUCACUGUGUUUUUUUUAAAAAAAGUAAUAAUUAAGAUUAUAUACAGUGGCAUAGUAUAAUAUUUAUAUAAUUCCUAAUGAGCACAAAUAAAAGAGAAGGGCAGAGUAAUACAGAAUAAAGAGAAAAAUAGUUGCUAUGUCUACACAUGUAGCAAAAUGUGAUAAGAAUACAGAAAAGAUAGAAUUGGCUGUAGUAGUAUUUUAGGCAACAGCGGGAUGCACUAGUUAUGAAUGUUCACCCUUGUAAAAACAUCACCCUGCAAUAAAAACUGCACAUCAGUGAGACAGAUUGUUGACCAGAUCAUUCCCUAUAAUACUAGUUUUAUAUCUUCAGGGAGUUCUUCAUAUAGGAAUCCCUUGCCUGCAAUUUGAAGUGGUACGUUCUGUGUUUUCCCACCUUGGGUCUCAACCAUCUCAUUCCAUCCUGAUUCUAAAUAGAUGCAGGUCACAGAGAGCCCCACUGAGAAAUACUAAGCUGCAUACAUGUCAUACAUCUAAAGCACAUGACUUUCCCCAAAGCAUCCUGGGAACUGUACUUUGUUGAGGGUGCAGGGAAUUGUAACUUGGAAUGGUGUGUGUGUGUGUGUGUGUGUGUGUGUGUGUGUGUGUGUGUGUAACUACAGUGCCAAGGAUUCUUUGUGGGAAGUCAUGUGCUUUAAAUGGGUUUUAAAUGCAUGGUGUGUACACAGCCAAAAUCAGGUGCUUUUGAUCAAAACAGUAAGGACAGUGUGGAAAUCAAACGCCACAUAAUUUCAUCUACAGCAGAAAUCCCAAAGUCAAUCUGCCCUAAAUGUAUGCCAUAUAAACAGAGUUAUAACUUUAACAUGAAAAUGGUAUUGAGCAAUGUCAGUGUGGCAUAGUGAAUUAAGUAGGGGUCUUGGACUUGGAAGAUCAAGGUUCAAAUGCCCCCUCAGUGUACUCAUUAGGUAAUAUUGCGUUAGGUAGCCUGUAUCUCUGCUAAACUCAAAUUACGCUUGCAGAGUAGGAAAUACUGUUUACCCCUAUAUACUUUCCAAAGUUCUGUGGACUAGUGUUGAUAUACAAAUAUGUUAAGUACUUUUAAUUUGGUUUUAUGAUUUUAAGUUCUUACACUCCUCACCAACUACGUCUUUGGAUAGUACUGCCCACCCAGACAUGAGAAAUUACUAUUUUUUAAUAGAAAGAGGAAACACCUCUUCUGCCUUGUGAUGCCUGUUCCAUUUGUACCCAGAGCUUUUAAAAGCCAGAUCAGAAGAGAUUAUUUCUCAGGAAAAGAUACAUUGCUUUUAUAUUCUUUCAGAGUAAUGGCACAUAUAAAAUGUGUUAUCUAAGAAAUUUUGUACCCUUUGCAAUAGGAGAAAGUAAGGAAGAAAGAACAUUCCGAAACUGGAUGAAUUCUUUGGGUGUAACUCCUUACAUUAACCAUUUGUACAGGUAAUAUUUUUAUUCUUGACUGGCCAUUUAACUGAUCCGUGGUGUAACCCUCACUGGAAAAUAUUGUAAUUGAUAGGACUUAGUUUUGCUUGGAUCAAUGAUAACACAGUACUGUUUUCUGAUCAUUAGAGAUGAUAGGCUGGUAUAGCUCAGCUGGUGGAGCCUUAGACUCUUAAUCUCAGAGUUGUGGGUUUGAGCCUUACAAAAGAUGCCUCCAUUGUAGGGGAUAAUAAUAAUAAUAAUAAUAAUAAUAAUAAUAAAUUUUAUUUAUAUCCCGCCCUCCCCAGCCGAAGCCGGGCUCAGGGCGGCUAACAACACUAAAAUAGUGCAACAUUAUAAAAAUUAAUUAAAAUCAAAAUUGAUGGCAACCAUAAACGAAAGUUUUGUAAAGAUUGCCAAAGGAGGGAGUCAGGCUGCACCCUGACCAAAGGCCUGGUGGAACAGCUCUGUCUUGCAGGCCCUGCGGAAAGAUGUCAAGUCCUGCAGGGCCCUUGUCUCUUGUGACAGAGCGUUCCACCAGGUUGGAGCCGCAGCCGAAAAAGCCCUGGCUCUAGUUGAGGCCAGCCUAACCUCUCUGUGGCCUGGGACCUUCAAGAUGUUUUUAUUUGAAGACCGUAAGUUCCUCUGUGGGGCAUACCAGGAGAGGCGGUCCCGGAUUAGACUAGAUGACCCCCCUGGUCCCUUCCAACUCUUCAAUUCUAUGAUUCUAUUCUUUCUAUGAUUCAGAACUGCGACUGCCAGAUUCAGAACAGGACUUCCUCUUCUGGUAUGCCCCCCGGAGGACCUUAAGGUCCAUAAAUAGCAACACUCUAGAGGUCCUAGGCCCUAAGGAAGUCAGAUUAGCCUCAACCAGGGCCAGGGCCUUUUCGACACUGGCUCUGGCCUGGUGGAACGCUCUGUCUCAUGAGACCAGGGCCCUGCAGGAUCUGAUUUCUUUCCGCAGGGCCUGUAAGACAGAGUUGUUCCGCCUGGCCUUUGGCUUGGAAUCAGCCUGAUCCCCUCCACCUCUUUCCUUUUCCUUCUGUGAUGGAACCCCUAUUUGGGGACUUCCCUGGCUUUUUUCUGGCCCACGUAGGACCAGUCUGGAUAGUUGGCCUUGGUGAAGAUUUGACGUUUUCUCCUCCCAAACAGUUUUUAAUCUGGGCUUCCACUGAAAUGAGGCUUCAUUUUAAGUUGUAUUUUAAUCCUGUUUUUAAGUUGUAUUUUAAUCAAUUGUUUUUAUACCUGAUGUUAGCCGCCCUGAGCCCGGUCUUGGCCGGGGAGGACAGGGUAUAAAUAUAUAUAUAUAUAUGUAAUCUCAGUGACUGUGGUAGUGAGUAAAUAAGUAAGUAAAUAAUUUUGGAGGAAAAGAGAGGAUUACCAAGCAAUGAAAGCCUCAGAAAUUUACUUGGAUACACUACUGACUGCAUUCAGGAAACAUAUAAUUUAUUUUUGUAAAUAUAUAUGUUUUCUCUCUCUCCCUCUCCCUACACUGACCAGUGACCUUGCUGAUGCUUUAGUAAUCUUCCAGCUCUAUGAGAUGAUUCGUGUACCUGUACAGUGGAACCACGUCAACAAACCACCAUAUCCUGCACUUGGGGGUAACAUGAAAAAGGUUUGUAAAAGUGUCUGUUUUGGAAACCACAGUGGCUCCUCAGCCAUUUGCUUAAGCCGCAUUAUCAUGAAUGGUGUUGGUGUCCCUGAAUUAUUCACCCUUGCUUAAGGUAGCGUAUUAAUAUGGUUACAACUCUUGAAAUAAGUUUCUUGGUGUGGCCCUUAGACUGGACCUCAGCAAAUACUUCAGUUGGGAUGAAGCAUGCAUGUCACAGAGGCAUACAUGCCUACAGAAAAUGCAGUUUUCACCUACGGUACUGAAUGAACUUACAAGUCUCGAGACAUUGAGCAAUAUAACCAUGAUAAAUGGCCAACACAGAUCAGUUGAAUGCAACAGAAUUUAGAGCUGUUUCACAAGCAGGGAGCCAGAACUAAAAGUAUAUGCAGAGCAGGUCACUAAAGUGGCUGAGCUUAGCUGCUGAACAUGUGUCAAGUUGCACAUACAUGCAGGAUAUUAUUAAGAAAUUUUGCAUGUUUCAUCGGGGAACAUUGAGAUUGUCCUUGCCAUUAAUAUCAAUCAGUGAAUCUGUGGCAGAAAACUCAGAACACAUGUAGGGCAGGUCACACAAGAAAAGUGAACCACAUCACAGACCACACAGUUCAAGUUUCACACAUGCAUGUUUAUGUAGAAGACAGACUGAAAACCUCAAGGCUUCUAUUAAAGUCAGGAAUAAUGAAUGCAUCUACUCAAAACACAUGUAAGGCAGAUAUAAUGCAAAACAGAUUAUGCAAGAAAGUGAAACGAAACCACCGUCUACAAGGCUAGUAAAAAAAGUCCCUCUGCAUUGCAUAUGGUAGGUGAGCAUACAUAUGAAGCAUACAAAACUCAGUCACCUGCACAGAACAGGAUACAGACACUCUAAACAUACAAACAAAGCCAGGGUAGAAGCAUUCUAUUGAUACAACUACAGGACUCUAUGGCCUCUACAGUCAUUGGAAGUAGGCAUGUUAGGGCCAGUGUUAUGUCAUCACCCUGUGAUCUUCAGGUGAAAGGUAGUAUACAAAUUUAAUAAAUAUUAAUCUGAUAUGGAAGGCAAAUGGACAGGCUGUACCUAGUGGGGACAUGCUUUCCUUACCUGAAAGCAACUGCCUCUACUAAUCGUUCCUGCAACUUCAUCUGAAGACCACUAAACCAAAUGGGAACUUGGAAGAAAAUGUUAGCCAGUGAGGCCAAGUCUAGAACUUCUUUCCAUGUUCACUCAGUUAUCCCCAGGGAUUGGUGGUGAGGUGUUUCAAGCCAUGACCCACAUAUCCAUAAGGAGGGGGCAGCUGUGAACUCUGCUUGUUGAUGGGCCAUGAGGAGAGUAUCUAGUGGUGACUCACCAUGGUUGCAGGUACCAGCACAACGGGUGCCAUUUAACACUUCAAAAGUGGAGUAUCUGAAACCAGCAUGGGUGCAUGCUUAGUGCAAGAUGGUUCUAGUCUUGCAGAACAGGACGACCAUCUGGAUAACCCACUUGACAUUCCUUUAGGUGACACUGCUGAAGGUGAUAUUGUGACCUCUGAGGCAUGUGCUUUGCCUGCUGGGGGAGGGCUGUCCAUAAAUGUGACAUCUCAAGGCAGAUCCUUGACUUUGCCAGUAUAAGAACUGUGUGCUUUGAGGAAGGGUUCUGGUAAUUGCAUCCUAAGUGGUGGACCAAGUACUGGUGACCUCUGGUGCCACUACUUUAGCUGAUCUGGAUGUUGUUCUUUUUGUUGAGCUUAGAUCUGUGUUUACUUAUUAUUGUUUACAGAUGGCUAGAUAAUGUUCUUAGGAAAUGGAGGUGUGUUGUACAGUUCUGUUAAGAAAAAAUGUUGGAAAUGCUUGCCAGCAGAGGUGAGAGUAUUAAAUUAGCCAAAUCGUAUUUGCCUAGUAGUCCUUCACCAGGAGUGUAUGCCUAGGUUUUCUGUGCCUUGAUUCAUAUUAAUAAAAGCUAAUACUUUCAGAAGAUUUGGAUGAAGUUUGUCUAACUGCAUGCCUAAGCAGCAAGCAUGACACCAUACAUAUGUUUAUAAACACAUUCAUCUGCUGGUAUAGGGUGCUCUUGCUGCACUGGUGUUGUGGUUGGUUUGCUCCAAUUAAAAUAUUUUGAUAAACGAUAGUUCCAAACAUGGGCGUAGUCAGCUGCCUCCCCCAAAUCAAGUAAAUAAAUAAAAUUACUUAACUAACUGGCCAAUUGCAUCGCAGAUAACUCGGCUCUGCUGCCUCAACAUAAAGCCAGCCCCCCCCCUCCAAUAAAUCCUGGCAACGCCCAUGGUUCCAAAUAGUUUCUGACCUUGAUUUGUCAUUUCUUUUAGAUUGAAAAUUGUAACUAUGCAGUGGAACUGGGGAAGUCAAAGGCCAGAUUCUCAUUGGUUGGGAUUGGUGGACAGGACCUCAAUGAAGGCAACCCAACGUUGACACUGGCACUGGUGUGGCAGUUAAUGAGAAGGUGAGGAUGUAUUAUAGCUCACAAAACCAAAAUGUUUUCAAAACCAAUAUAUGUUCUUCAUUUAUUUGCAACCACUCUGCAGUUUUAUUUUUAAAGUCAGAUAAAUUAUUUUCAGGAGUUUGUGUUGUCAGAAAAUUCAUAGGUACAGUUUAGGAACUUGACUUUAUCCAAUCUGGAAUAUAUGCACAAGUCAUAUGCUACAGAAUUAGGAAUCACAGCAUAAAAUUAUUUAGCAGCAAAAUUCAGUAAGCAACUGGAGAAACUUGGAGCAGAGAGCAGGCAGGAGAAGAAUGAAGCUCCUCAACUCAUACCACAGCCCUUGUGUUUGAAAUUACCGCCCACCAUGCACAAACAGACAAACCAUUAAGCCCUUGAGGGUGAUCUAUAAGAUGCUUCCCAAUGUGACUAGUGGCAGUAGUGCCUGCCCUGCCUCUGAUUCUCUCUCAUGUUUCCUCUUUGUUUGGCUCUAUCUGCCACAAAGCAGCUGGGCCGUAUUGUGCUUCACUUGGCUUAUGCCCUGCCCUGUACUGCCUGGGGAGCGGGUGGCGCUGUGGUCUAAACCACUAAGCCUCUUGGGUUUGCUGAUCGGAAGGUUGGCGGUUUGAAUCCGUAUGAUGGGGUGAGCUCCCGUUGCUCUGUCCCAGCUUCUGCCAACCUAGCAGUUCAAAAGCAUACCAGUGUAAGUAGAUAAAUAGGUACCACUGUGGCAGGAAGGUAAAUGGCAUUUCCAUGCGCUCUGGCACUCAUCACAGUGUGUCCCAUUGCGCCAGAAGCGUUUUAGUCAUGCUGGCCCCAUUACCCGGAAAGCUGUUUGCGGACAAAUGCCAGCUUCCUUGGCCUGAAGCGAUAUGAGCGCCGCAGCCCAUAGUCACCUUUGAUUGGACUUCACCAUCCAGGGGUCCUUUACCUUACCUUACCUUUUACUAUACUGCCUGGUGCUGUGUCAAUUUCAGUAAAGUUGCAGUUUGCUUUUAACUCUCCUGCUUUUUCUGUACUCAAUGCAAGCACAUUUUCUAUAAUUUUUUUCUGUAUGAAAGUUGUGUUUUGCAACUGUUUUAACACAUUGUCAGGAAAAUACGGAGGAAUUGUUAAAUUCCUUAUCAGCUGAAAAUACUGUGUUCUUUCUGUUGCAGGUACACUUUGAAUGUACUAUCGGACCUUGGUGAAGGGGAAAAAGUAAACGAUGCGGUUAUUAUUAAAUGGGUGAAUCAGACACUUGCAAAUGCAAAUAAGAGUACUUCAAUAACUAGCUUCAAGGUAAUGAAGACACUCUAGAGAAAGGAAAUGUGAAUUAAUCAGAAACAUAAUUAUUUUGAUGGGAAUUGAUCUAUAGCAAAGGUUCUGCAUUAGUUAUUGUAUAUAAGUUGUGUAUAAAUAGCCGCAAAUAGAUUAUGAAUGCAAGUAGAUUAUGAAUGUCAUGAAAAACAGUACCACAUUUAGAUUACAAAAUAAUAGUAACACAUGUUAAUAUAGAUACAAGAUGGUGGGUGUGUAGAUCCGUAUUUGUAAUGAACUUUCACUAUGUAACUAGCAGAAAUUUUGCUUAAUGGAAAUGAAUAAUUUUAGCAUGUGACAGGAGGCUUUCAAUUUAACCAGUAAUCCUAAAACCUCAGGAUGGGUUUCUUAGAAGACAGUAUUAAACAUCCAUCCCCUUUUGAGGCAGGAGUGCCGUUUGGGACAUUUUUGUAAUAUGAUGUUGCAUUAAAACCACUAGAGGGAGCAAACCUAACAAAGAGACUGAAAUCUGUUUGGUGUGGUUGAGAAUAAAACUGUUUCUGCUUCAUAAAAUAUCAACAUUUCCAUAAGGUUUUAAGACAUAUUUGAGAAUGGCCUGGUUGCAAUAUCAGUUUCAUUAGGCCUUGAGCCGGUGUAGUUCUCUGAAGAUUUGGCCAUUCACCAGUGAAAAUAAAAGUGUCGAAUAAAUGUUACAUGAAUAUUUAGCCAAUAUUUUUCAGAGUUCAGAUCAGUCUCUUUCUAAUUUAGAAAGUGGUCUCGUGGCAUUGGAACAUGGGGUACACAGAAUGACAGAAGAGUAAUAAUGGACAGACGUAAUCCACAAUUAUUAGCACUAGAAUGGGAUUUUAUGGCCAGUUCAUUUAUUAAGAUACAUCAGCUUAAUUAGUUGAGAUAGGAGAACCUUGCUGGGUUUAAGGGCACAGUAUGCAUCGUGGUGCUUAGAAGCUGUUUGAGCAAGUCUGAAAUCAUAGCUUUAAUCUGCCUGGUAGGAAUAGCAUGCUGAGACUUUGGAGGAGAAAAGCUAAUUCUGUGGUGCCUCCUGCUGAUUCCUUGAUGUCAUGCACUUGACUGCCCAUCUGCUUUAACUGCUGGAAGGAGGUGAGCAGGGUCGUCUAUUUUAAGGCAGAGAGGAAGUGCGUUUCAGUAACCAGGAAGAAAAUGCAGUGCUCAAUGGCAAGCUCAAAGUAGUAUUAGGAUUCUAGAAAUAGGCAGAUCAUGCCACUUGCAAAUCAGUAGAAGGAAAUCCUAUUCACAGAAGAAAGUCAACCUGAAAAAAUAUCCACAAACGUGCAGAAUUAUUCUGGGAGAUGCAAGAGAUUUUCCCAAAACCUUUUGAUAGGAUUCCAUAACAAAAUGUUAUUUAGUCAUAACGGAUAUUUUAUCAUGGGAAAAGAAGCAGCAGGUGGUUAUAAAAGGUCAUUUGUCAAAAAGGAGAAAAUUCAACAGUAUUGAAAAACAUGACUUUGACCAUUCAUGAUUCAGCAGUUAUUACAUACACUGUGUUUUAGCUGCCACACCAUUAUAUUAGGAUUUAUUUAUCAAUGAGAUAGUAGAUAAAGAGAAGGGAGAUACAUGGUGAAAAUACUGGUAAGAGUAUUAAAGAAAAUCCAUUCAUUAAUGAUAGUGAAACUUUUCAACACCUUCUCCUUCCAGGACAAAUCCAUAAGCACUAGUUUACCUGUACUAGAUUUAAUAGAUGCUAUUGCGCCAAAAGCAAUCCGUCCAGAAAUGGUCAAGAGGGAAGAUCUUUCUGAAACAGACAAACUGAACAAUGCUAAGUAAGUCUUUGCAGAAUAUUUCUUCCUUUAUUAUACACGGAGACUCUGAUGCAGCCCAGAUGUACAUGGCUAGUUGUAAUUGUCAACUAAUUCCUACUCUUUUACAGAAAAAAAGAACAAAUGGUCUGUGGCACCUUAGACUUAACAGUGUUUGUGCUGUAAGCUACUGUGGACAAGAGCCUUCUUUUUCAGAUCCAUGAAGAGUUAUUCUCAGCUGGCAGAUAAAUGCCAUCUAUUUCAUAUCUGCCUGCCUGUAUAUUUUAACAUCAUGUGUCUAAUGAAGUGUACUGUUGUCAGUGCAAUCAGGGAUGAGGAGACUGGGAGGAUGGGGUAUAUGUUCAGGCUCAUAAACAUCAAAAAGAUGCAUCCAAACCUCUUCAGUGGGGCCCAGAUCAUCAUUACAGUGUUACUGUGUGCAUGUCAACCCAUUUCUCUUUGCUGAGUUAUGUAUCAAGUGUUAGGAACACUGAUUCAGCAUGCUUUAUAUGUACAAAUGAUAUUGGAACAGUUGUCAGCUCAGAGAAAGCUUGCUCAUCCAAAGAAGGGGAUACCAGAGUUUUCAUGGGUUCCAUUGCUCAAAUACAAUGUGUUAAUUUCUUCCUUUUUCUUUGAAUGCCUUUCCCUUUAAUGCCACAGCUCUAAAUCAGUCAUAGGAAGCUGCACAUAGGAACUGUCUUAAAAGUUUUCUUAAAUGCUGACACACACAAAAAAAUCCUACCUUUUGACUUUUUUUAAGCACAUAAAAUGCUAUUUUCAGUGGUAUGGUUUCAAUAAUAUGCUGCUCUUUCUCAUGAAAGUAGGCCCUUUGAGAGUCUUUAUCUUUCUGGAAGCAAGCUAAGACUUUAUUUAUACUUUCUAAGUAUAAGCUGCUAACAUGCUUGACUCUGCUACGCUAUUAGUUUGUUUAUUGGUUAGGCUUUUACUGCAUGUUAUAAUAAUAAUAAUAUAAUAAUAUAAUAAUAAGUUAUUAUUUAUACCCCGCCCAUCUGGCUGGGCUUCCCCAGCUUCUCUGGGCAGCUUCCAACAAAAUAUUAAAAUACAGUAAUGCAUCAAACAUUAAAAGCUUCCCUAAACAGGGCUGCCUUCAGAUGUCAUCUAAAAGUAUGGUGGUUGUUGUUCUCUUUGACAUCUGGUGGGAGGGUGUUCCACAGGGCGGGUGCCACUACCAAGAAGGCCCUCUGCCUGAUUCCCUGUAACUUGGCUUCUCGCAGUGAGGAAACCGCCAGAAGGCGCUCGGCUCUGGACCUCAGUGUCCAGGUAGAACAAUCAUGUUAUGUUUUAUUAUUUGAGUAUAGUAGUUUUAUACUACACAUCACAGCACUCCAGAUGUUGGACUGCAUCUCCCAUAUGCCCCAACCAGUGGUGCCCAUGGUCAGGGAUGAUGGGAGUUGUAAGCCAACAUCUGGCGGACCACAGUUCACCCACCCCCACAGUAAAUUUUAUACCGGAAGGUGGAACAAUAAUUAUAGUAAGUAAACAGCAGUUGUGUAAUAUUUUGUUUCACAUCUAUGGCUACAAAUUGUUUAUAGGCAAGGGAAAUGGAUAUGCUAAUUGUUUGUUGUAGCCUGAAUUUGAUAAGCAAUACAUCUUUAGAACAAAAUAAUGGCUAUGCUACAAUAAUAAGGUUGUUAUAUCUCAUUAGUUAAUGCCAUAUGAAUAAUGCUACUUUUUUUCUCUCUCUCUCCAAGAUAUGCUAUAUCAGUUGCUCGGAAAAUUGGUGCUUGUAUAUAUGCCCUGCCGGAUGACUUGGUAGAAGUGAAGCCAAAAAUGGUGAUGACUGUCUUUGCUUGCUUGAUGGGAAGAGGACUGAACAAAAUAAAAUAAAGAAGAUUUUUUUACAAAUGUUUUCUGCCAUGAUAUACACAAUGAAUGCCUCAUUGUUUACAGACUAAUGGAAUUUAGUAGCUGUAAAACAGAGAUAAUUUAUGUAAACCAAUGUGGAGAUGUAUAGAGAGACUAUUUAAUAUAAGAAUUGUUUAUAUUUAAGGUUUCAUCUGAAAAGUUUUAUAUAUCAGUAAUUUGUGAGCUAAUGUAAUGCAGUAAUCACCAAUAAGAUUACAAUGUUAUAUAGCGUUUUUAAAUGAAUAUGAUACAUGCUGUUUUCAUAGUGCACAAAUUAUCAAGAUUUUAAAGUGCUAUUUUAGGAACUGCUGUGAAAUUAAGUUUUUAUGUCAGUGUGUUAUUAACGCGUAGUCUGCACAUGAAAGACCUUGAAAGUCCUUGCCUUAUUAUAAGGGACUACCCAAACUCCUGUUGGAAUUUGGGCUGCAAAUUAAAAGCUUCUGAUCAUAAGGAUUCUUUCUAGGGAGUAAUUUUCAUUGCACUGAAUGGGACCGACUUCUAAGUAAAAAAUUUGAGGUUCUGAGUACUAAUUGAUUUAGGCUACAAUCCUAAAGUCCCAUAGAAUUAUUUGGGGCUUACUUCUGAGUAGACAUGGUUAGGCUUGCAAUCAACAAAAGUUUUAGUUGAUUAAUUGAUGUACAUUUUAAUUGUUGUGGGUGAAUUUAAUUUGCUGGAGUUGCAAGGUAAGAUCUUGGGAAGGGGGGAGGGGUUAGGCUGUUCUGGUUCUUAUGUAUACUUGGCCUUCAUUGAAAAACUAAGGUUGAGAUGCGAGACUGGGACGUCCCUUAUCAAAAUCCAUCCCCUCUCCUGCACAGUCUCCCUUCACUCUUCCUCUGCAGGCCUAUGCCAUGGUUAACAAUUAUAUGACAGCCUCCUUUGUUAAACAUGAUUAAUACUAACCAGAGUUUGCAGUUAAUUAGAAUUUAGAAAUCAAGAAUUGGAAGCUGGCUUCAUAAAGAGACCAAUGCUGAUUGUAGGCCUUAAUCAUGGUUUUGACUGGUGAGAGAAGGAUCAGGGGAAUUUGCUGUGGAAUCAGCCCUUCUCUAAUCCCUUAAAUUUGGUCAAAUAAUGAGACCCAGUACAUUUACAGUGGUCCCUGAGCAGUAGUUUUUGUGUACCAAAACUUCAGUAUUUAAAAGACAUCUGUAUUAAGGUUAGUGUAGCAUGCAGGUUCAGUUAAAUUUAGGGAACAGUCAACAACCCUAUACCCAGGGCUUUUUCUCAGCCAGAACUUACUGGGACUUAGUUCCGGCACCUCUCAGGUGGGCGCCAUUGCCAUUAUAAGAGAACAAGGGAUGAGUUUGUGGUGAGUUCUGGCACCUCUUUUUCUAGAAAAAUAGCACUGCCUAUACCCUUUUUACAAUAUGGGGAAGAUAAGCUGAUAUAGAGUUAUUAUGGUGUAGUGGUGGCAUUUCUGCCAUAUCCUGUAGCUCCUUAGCCAUUGCAUCUUGAUUAUAGCAUUGCACCCUGAGUCAAUCUGAUUAGUAGAAAGUGUAGCUGGUUAAAGCAAAUGUAAAAAAUAAAAGUGAUUUGCAAACGUAGUAUUGAAGAUGGAACUUGCUGUUUAUUUAUGAGUUGCAUUGCAGGAGAUUGUAUUAGAUGACCCUUGGGGUCCCUUCCAAUUCUACAGUUCUAUGAUUCUAUGUUUUAAAACUGAACAUCCCCUCUUGUCAAUAUUGUUCUGUAGAAAUGCUUGUAAUUUGAAACAACUUCAACAUAUUUUUUAAAGUAAUUUGUUAAAGAAAAAUUAACAAUUGGUUGUCGUUUGUGGCAUUGAAUAAAACUAAGCACAAGUAUAACAAGGACAAUAAGCAAAAUGAAAAUUAUGUACGUAGUAAGGCUUUCAAUGAGAAAAUAUCCAAGCUAAAAUGUUAUAUUAAGAAGCAAUAAAGAGAGAUGACAGGUCCAGUUUGAGGCCUCUCUUU